CUGAAGCUUGGGAAUAAUGUCGCUGUCACUGUUUUGGGGGCUGGGGGAGCGCUUUAACCCGGUCACAACGUGGGGAAGUUGCUCACGGUUUUUCAGCGUUGCCAUGGGGUUUUGUAAAACCUAUUGACUGCGAUAGGGUCCCUUCUUUUCUUUGGGUCUGUCUUUGUGGAGGAGGUAAAACCCUAUUACUUUUUCUUACAGAGGCGGGAGGAGCAAUAGUACCGUCAAAGAGAGGAGGGAGGGAGGGAGGGAGGCAAGGCUACCCAGGUCCAGACCAACUGGAAGGCGAAGCGGCGUUACGUGAGCGGUUAAAGCUCCCCGUACCGUCUCCCUGAGGUGUACAAAUCCAACUUUCUGUACGGCUGCCACGACAUGAGUUACAUCUAAAGGUGAGUUUCAUGAAUUGAUGCGGUUUUCUUGACGCUUUUACGUUGUCCCGCUGUCUGUCUGUGAAAUGCUGCUAGUUGUUGCACUUGUUUCAUAUUUGAGCGAGCUUGGAGGAGCAGGGCUGGUGACGGGGAUUGAAGCCGGCACCUGCACGGACUGAUGCUCUGCAUGCAUGGCAGGUGGUUAGACCUGAAAUUUGUCACGACUGCUGUUUUGAUUUUUUCUUAUCUAUUGAGUGGACUAUAUAUUUCAGUUAAUGAUAGAUAUACAACAGAGGACUAACCGGUUUAAUCUGAUUUGAUCACACUGAGAAAGAUAUUGUCACUCGAAUUUAGAGACUACAUACAGAGGUGGAACUCGUAGGAAAAAAAAAAUCUCCCUAGGAUAUAAUUUAUUAUUUUCUCUUGUUUUUAUGAGUCCCCCCUCUGCCAGAUAAUCUCUGUCUGGAGAUCACACUCUUAUCUCUACACUGCCCAUCACACAGUAAUGAUCUCACGCUGAAUACUGAAUCUGCAGGAGUGAAUCAUGACUUGUCAUCCAAUGCAGUGAAUGGCAGCAUCUUUCUGUUAUGGCAAUACAAUUUUCACCUGGCCUGUGUUGUGACAGGCAUACAAACAGGGAAAAGGGCCUCAGAUGGCAGGUCUGAAUAUAGUCUGUGGUUGUUUAACUAGAGCAAUGUGAUGUGGGCUGAUAAUUGCAUUUUAAAAUUCAUAUGCUGCAUGUUUCUUAUCUUUGGGUUGUCAGAAUCAGCCCUGAAGGUCUACAUAAGGUGUUUGGAUAAAACGGAGAAAUUGUGUUUCUGCCAAAGAUUUUCAAACUAAUGCUGUCGGCUCAUCUUCACAAAGAACUUUUAAUACAGUACUCCUGUUGCACAAGUGCUACACAGUCACGGCAUUAAGUUAGAAUGACUUUUAUUAUCAAUGACAUGAAAUUGAAAUGACGUUAAAGCAGGAAAUGUGCGCUGUCAUUGUUUCCUACAUUUCCGGUGAUUAGUGGGAGUGUGGGUGGAAUAAUUACGCAUUUCGGCAGAGUGAAGUUUUGCACUUACAGCUAUUUGUCAUGUUAACAUGGAUUUCGUUGCAGUAUGAAUGGUUGAAACCUAUGCAAAGGUUUCACACAUUGUUGGUCACAAAUUCAAAUGCUGGUUUCCAGUGUUGUUUUUGUUGCAAAUUUUGCAUCUGAAGACACAAAAACUGAAAAGCUGUUCAUACUUUACCUGUAACUUGAUAUUCGUACCCCUUACAUACCCCUCUUGUAUUGUUUACAGCUAAAUCUACCCAGUCUGUGCGGUCUGAAAGAAGUAGAGGUACAUUUUCCAAAAAUGAGGAUUGCGUAAAACUCACUUCCGCUACCACUUUUAACAGCACUGUAGGUCGAGCGACCAAUGCUGGGACUCUUGACUGUCUGCUGUUUAACAUUGAAUGCAAACCCCUUCUGGAGGUCAGAUUAGUGUUCAUGUCAAUCUGCUCUUCAAGAAAAGACCAUCCUAUUCAUAUUGUCUCCAACUCGGCCUAUCCGGUCAGACCAUAAGCACAAACUGCAUGUUCUCAAGUGUUUACAGCCAAGGUUUUCAUGUACCUGGUAGGUUGCUUCAAUUUAAUUUCUAGGCCGAAGACAAGAGCUUUUAAUGGCACUUGUCAUCACACGUGGUCCCCUGCCUCUCUGUAUUCAGGGCAGUGGUGCUUUGUGUCCAGAAGUAGGUCGAAUGCUUCUCACCAAACAAUUUGAGCCAGAGCCAGUAAUUGGACAAGCAAAGUGUCGACCAUCUCCCUGCCGGUGCAUGUCAGCAGCCAGCCUUCUCACCACUUAAUAUGCAGCUCUGACCUGACGCAUUUCAUGGACCUUUUUCAUCCUUUUAAUCGUUGAGUUUACUAAAUGCAGGAAACAGAACAUCCUUUGUAGCUGCAUACACACUCAUUCGACAUAUGUUAGUAGCUGGUAACUCAGCCGCAAACAAAUAUCUUCUCACAUGUCAACGAACAUGAGUUUCUGUGACAGUAACUUUUUAGUCAGGACAUCGAAUAAGACCCAAAGAAGAAUCAAAGUGUCUUUGGGUGGGCUUUAUAUACCUUUUUUUUACCCAAGAAGAAGGUAACUGUAAAGAAUGAGAUCAUUUUGGAAGAGUAAGAUCUUUUUGAAAAUUAAGAUAUUUGCAGAAUGAGUUAUCUUUCAGGACUAAGCAGGUAGGGUUGCUCUUCAAAAUGAUAAUAGGUUGAGUGGCAUUUGUCACGCUCAAGUCAGUGGGCCCCAUCCAUAUGGCUCAUUAUAUGGUCUCUAUAUGGCUGACACAUUUCAAAGUAUGCCGUAUGCUUUGGUCAUUUAGUCAUGGCAUAAUAAUACAAAACUGAUGAGCAUAUUACAAAGAGUUUAAGAAAAGACUUCUUGGACUGCUUUGAUUCAAACAAGUGCAGAUAUACAUUUUAUCAUCGGAAAACACCUAUUUGAAAAAUGAUUACAUUUUUAAUUAAUCAGAAAAAAUCUUGACUGGUGACUGAUUAUUACAGCCUUUUGAGAGUGAGGCUCAUUGCACUUAGUUUGUAAUGAUUAUGUUCCUGAGACUUAAUACUAUUAAUGUGAGUUCAAAGCUGCAAUAACUAUGAAGCCUCAAAAUCCACCAAAGCAGUUGUUUUGACUGAACCUAGACCUUUAAAUGCAGUGAGUAAGACUGAAAAUGGUCGCAGUCAUGUCCAAAACUACCACAACAUAUAUCCUUUCUGCUUUUACCCCUUUUAAAAGUUGUGUUUAAGUGCUGGUUAAAUUCUGCUGUAGAUUAACUAAGAUCCACAUUAUCACUCUGGGGCCAAGGGGAAAAUAAGCAUCCUCAAUUGGACUGUAAUAUAUGCUCUCCUUUAUGAACACCUCAGUAAAAAUGACUUGCUGUGUGAAAGCAAGAGGCCUUUUUUAUUCAACAUUGUGCUUAUAAAGGAGAGGAUAUGAGCUAACCUCAGUGAUAUAGGGGCCUUAAUUUUGUCUGAAUCCCUUAUCUGUAUUCUACUCACCUUCAAAAGCAUUGCCAAAGAGAAGGGCUGCAUGAUUAACUACCUUCAGAAAUUGAAGAAACAUGAUGAGUUUGAAUAAUUUGAUUUAUUUCAUGGGUUUAUGUGACCACUUGUCACUUUUACUCUCAAAAUCUUUGACUGUAAAUCCUGUGUCAUCUUUUAACAUGGGGUAUGAUCUAUUCUGCUGUUCACAUGUAUGAGGAUCCAAUAUGGAGGCACAACUUGGAUGAACUCAACAUUAACUUACUCAUUCAGUUUUGUUGCUCAGACAUGAAUUGCAAGUGUCAUCCUGCUGUUUGUCCCACAGAAUAAAUGAGCCUAUGAAUAUUCCUGUUACUUGUGGACAAGACAACAUAGAUCAUUCUUUCAUUGUGCUGCCUUUCAAACUGAUUAAUGAUGUUUAACUCUUUCAAAUGUCCAAAAAGACAAUUGAUUCAUUGUCUGACCAGUUUUGCGUGGCCAUGUUGCUGCGUGAGGUUUUCUCACAAUCACAAGUUUGAGCAAUGAGAAACAAGCAUGUGCAAAACAUCUGCCAAGAGAGCGCAAUCAGGGUGAGUGUGUACGUUAAUUAGAGAACAUAAGGGUUUGAACAUUUACGGGAUCUGCAGUUUUAUUCUGAACAGUGUUUAUUUUAUUCCAACUGGGAUAUUUGUCCAAGUCUAAUCUGAUUAAAAGUAGUCAUGUAAACUAGGGCUGAGCGAUAAACGGAAAAUUUAUCGAUACUAAAAUUUAUGUCAAUAACCAACGUCAUUUUGCCCAUAUCGGUAUACUUGGUGUCAAAAAAAUAAAUAAACAAAAGUUGGUUUUAGAUGAGUGUAGGUAGGCUAUGGUCUCAUGUCCCUUUAAGAUGCUGUCCUACGUCAGAGAUGUGACUCCACCCCAUCCAGUCCGUAACAAAGAGGGAAAGACAGGUGAAGAGAUGGAGGACGGUUUUAAAAGUUGUAGCGGCUGAAGUAGACAAAGUUGAUGUGGGAGCAGCUUGUGGAGUAGUUAUUCAUUUAUCGUUAUCAAGGUGAAUUGCUCAAUAUAUCGUGAUAUUGAUCUGAGGCCAUAUCACCCAGCCCUAGCGUAAACCGACCUAUUGUCAAAUACACUGCCAGCAAAGAGGUCACAGUGAGCAGCAAGAAGCAUGGGUUUCAAGAGAGUAUAUCCAGCUUCCAGUGUUGUUGGGGGUUGGUAUUUGCAUUACAGAAGGCUACCUGCUUAAUUUAGGGAGCUUGAUUUAAAUAUGUAAACAGCAACCAAUAACUACUACUUUUUUGUACCUUAGGCGCAUGUGUUGUUGCAUCAGUUACUGCAAGGUACAGAAUAAUAAUAAUGCAGGAAGUGGAGGACACUAGGUAAUACAUCACAUGAAGAAAAGGUACUCUGAGAUCCACAGUCCAAAAUAUGUUCAAAUGUUUUUUUUUAGUUUUGAGACCUCCUGCACACUGAAAGAUUUAUAGAUCGGGAUCGAUUGUGGCUAAGUCCUUUGUUUCGGUUUUUAUUUGGAUGCAAGUAAAGCCAAGAGAGAGUGGAACUGAAUCCUUGGACAUAUUCUCCACGUUUGAUUCACAAGGUUGUGUUUUGUAUUUGAUAAAUGUUUAUUGAAAAGUUCUUUCUUAAAACAACUUUGUACGUGCUGAUCUGAGCACACUCUGUUAAGGUAGCUCACCCCCAGUGUGUCAGUUUGUCAGAGUAUCUGAAGUACUGGAUGGCUAGACAAGAGAAAAAAACAACAAUGAAUGGGAGUGGAGUACUUAAUAUGAGUAACUGUACGGUCGAGUCAACUGGUUAUCAUUUAUCAAGAUGUUUUUUUUCCAUUAGUGUUGCAUAAUAAGUGAUCUUUAGAGUGAGGUGGGGUUGAGCUGUUUUAUGGUGCAGACAUGGUGUAAAGGUGUGCAGCCUAGUAAGCACCCAGGCCCUAACUGAGGUUCAGCUCAGGCAGCAGAGUGCUACAAGCAAUCAGAGUAAAAACUCAUGCUCCUUGUGCUGCAGGCAGAGUGGAUCGAGCUGCAGCUCUGCCUCACCUAAACCCUCCUCUUUCAUGUUUCAGACAGAUGACAGACGGAAAGUCAUACUCUAGCCAGUAUUUUCUGAAAACAUGUGCGGUUACAUGAAAUAUUCAUCUCCUUGCCUGCUCCCAGACAUUGCGCAUAUUUUUUCACCAGAUAGUUUAUGAUAUCUGUGACCAGUUCAGCGGCAGAUGGAGAUUUAAAGGAAAUGAGUCCUCCGGGAUAAAAUAAAUAAUAAAUAAUGUAAAGAUAGGAAAUACUGAUGAUCAGAAGAUUUAAGGUUAAGGCCUUUUUGAACAGGCUACUGCCUCAUAUUGGCCACUAGGUAGACAUGAUCAAUUGCUUCUUGUGGACAAUUAAUCACUCAAGUUGAGACUGGAGGAUAAACUGUCAGGUCAGUGUUAUCUCAUAUCUCUGCUGCUCCUUUCUCCAGGAGGAGGUCAGGAGAGGUCAGUUACCAGCACUGUCCAUGUGCACAAAUCCCUGCCUGAGGUUAUUGCAUUUUGGCUUAAUAUUGUCACUGUACUGAUGCACAAAGGCUGUCACCCCAAGGCUGAAACUCUUCACUCAGACACGUUGUAAUACGCUGUCAACUACAGGUCUUGAAAUCUCUUUAUAUAUAUCGCUAUAUUUUUUUUUUCUAGGCUUUUUUUAUGUCUCAAGUGUAAAAAUUGUGAUCUAGGAAAAUAAGGCUUGUGCAACGUCAAGACUCUUCUUCCCUUAAGUCCGUUUAUAAAUGUAGUUUUCAGCAAUUUUUUUGUUUUUUUUCAGUGUUGGGUGCAGGAAAAAAACUCACAGAUGUAUACUGUUGUCCUGCCUCAUACAGUUAAAGAUUUGUUUUUUGUUUUUAUGUUAAACUGAUAAAUUUAUAAUCUUAUCAAAUAUAAAAACAACCAAUAAAAAGGAUAUAAGAAGACAGCUACUUGAAAUUAAAUCUAGCACAACCUUGCUUUUCUGUCAGCUUCAAGCUCACUUUCUAAUUUUUUUGCCCUGAUUCUUGCCUUCCCUCUAACAUUUUUACCAUCAUUUUUUAAUCACACGGUUGAUAUCCUCAAGAUCCACUAUUUAUCUAAGAAAAAACUUUGAAGAAGAGCAAAACAGCUGUAUGAUUCUCCUCCAAGGAGCAACAAAACUGACAGUUAUACCUCAAAGAGAAAGAAGUUUUUGCUCAUAAGUCUUUGGGAUUCAGGACUGAUUUCCAUUUCAAUCACAAUCUCAAUUUGGGAUAACUCAUGCAUUCAGAGCUAAAGCGAACAAAAACCAUAAAAAUAAAAGUGACAAAUGUAGAGAAAGGACCGGAGGAGUGCGGUAUCUUUGGCUUUGUGUUGCGUGAAGGGUAUUGUGUGUGGCUGCUUGGAUAACACUGCGAGGGGACCCUUGGGACAUGGAGGUGAAGGGCACAGAGAUGAGGGAGGACGCAUGUGACAGGCAGGGGACAAGAAGGACAAAUAAGGACAAGAGAGGACCUCUCACACUGGUACUGUUGAAAAAUGUGAAUCUCUGUAUCUUUCACUCGUUUUGGGUGCUAGCUUGUUGUUGGUACAUUGCUGACCAUUCACAGAUUUUAAAGAAUAUAAUCCUAGGUUUGAAUUUGGUCAAUGUUUACUCAAGGAUUACCAGGAUCUCUCCAUUUCAGUGCUCUGAUUGUGCCACCCAGUGUGAAACACCAAGGAAAGGGGAAGUGUUUCAGGGGAGUGUAAUCUAUGGCAGCGCUCACAUCAGAAUUGACAAACCUCAACAGUUACUGCCUGAAGGGCCAAAUCCCCAGCAGCUCUCCUGACUGAAAACUAAUUGCCAGCUCGGAUGAUAAUUUUAAAUUUUGUUGCAGAUGCUGCAUGUCUGCAGGGUAAUUGUGGACGGUUGUUAAAAUUCCCUUGGCCUUGUCAGUAAACCAAAUAAAGGUGAAGACCAGGUUUCUCAUAACCAGUGGUUGUCAGAGCUGCUCUUUGUCAUUAAAAAGGGUAAUCAGUUUUGGCAGAAUGGGCUCCAUGAAUAUAAUAACCACAGGAAGUUUGACCUGAUCGUACUGCAGUGAUGUGUUAAGUGAGGACCAUCGUGUCACUUUGAUUCAGCUCCAUUGAGUGUCCCAUAGGGGUGAGAGAAGAAAUCAAACAGCAUAGUAUCACAAUAUGUUGUCUGGUGAUAUUGUAUCAUCUUAUUUACCAAGUAUCGAUUUUUCAAAUUAAUUGCUAAUAUAUAUUUGCAAGGUUUACAUGAAAAUAAACUAGCGCAUAAAUUAGACAAACAUAAAGGAAAGCCAAAUGCUAAAUUUGCUAAAUUGUUGAAAAAUUAUAUAAAUCACAAUAUAUUGCAUCUGAUACUGACUGUAUUGCAAAAUGUUAAAAAUUGCAAUAAUAUUGUAUCGUGGCCCAAGUAUCGUGAUAAUAUCGUAUCAUGGGGCUACUGGUGAUUCCCACCCCUAGUGUCCCAGCACAGUCUUAGUGGGACAAGCUUUGUCUUCUGUUUUGUUUCUGUGCGCCACGUUUUCUGUUUAUAAUCUUGUGUAUGUAACAGGUUUACGUUUUCAGAAUGAUUUUCAUGGAUUAAAGAGAAAAGUAUUCAUUGAAAUUUAAUUUAUUUCAUUUCAAAGUAGAUCAGCAGAAAUAUCUCUUGAUCUUUUUAAUCACUCACAGUAUUUUGUAAUUUAGAAACCUUAAAAAAAGAUCACUUGCAGAUUUUAGUCAUAUCAAACUCUAAAUUCUGCUUUGAUGUGAAAAACAAACAAACAAAAAAACGAAACUGGAGACUGGAGUCAAAGAUAAAAUCAUGUAAACAUCUGUUUUGGAUAAUUUGGGGAAAUGUGUCCCAUUUGAGCUGUAUGAGUCUGUCUCUCAGGUGAGAACUAUGUGUCAGACAAGGUCUACAGCGAGGGCAGCAGUGCUCCAUAACCACAAGCCUCCCCUGGGAACUCAUUAAACCGUGUUGGACUUCAACAGGUUCCAGUAACUGAACUUUUGGUGGACCCAGGCCUGUGCAGCUCCAUGUAUAUUGAUUUGGCAUAAAUAUGCUAACCCAGUGUAAGAGCCUGUUGACUGGCCCAGUGAGGCCCUGGGUCAAGCACAUCAACACACUUUCUGUUGUUCUUUCACUGAUCUGUCCUAAACUGUGGCUGUGAUUUUUGCUGUAGAGUGUGAGAACAACUAUGGCCUUCUCAUUUCACCCAAAAGGAAACGGCAGAUUUCAUGCAUUAAUAGACUUGGUUCUGCAGCCUUGGUUUUCUGUUGGCUAUGAGGAGGACACUUUGGUAUUUUACUUCACUAUCGUAUCAGUGGUUUUAGAAGUGUACUAUAUGUUCAUAUUUUGCACUUCUAUCAGUAGUUUACCACCUUUAAAUGCUGUAAUAGCAAAAGCUUUUCUUUUACCUAUUAGGGUCAACUACAGUGUGCCAAAACUCAGCAUGUCCAUAUCAAGUACUCCCAUCAGAGUGAGCAAAUGUUGAGGGACAGGAGCUUGCCAGGCUGUUAAAAAUCCAAAUUAAUUCAUCAGCCUGGGGGGACUCGACUCCUUUUACAAGUGGGGGCUGCAAACCACCAACCAUGAACUACACAACCUCUUGACCUCGUUAUUUUUAUAGCUCUACAUUUUUUGAGGAAAAACAAGUUUCCUCCUACAAGAGAGUAAAGCCCCUUUUUCUGAGGUUUCCAGUUGAGCUCUAAUAAUGUGGCGGGUGGGUGGUACUAGCAGCAAAUGAGAGUUAUCUUUCUUAUCUGAGAUAACUUUUUGUCACGUUGGAAUACAAAACAAAAAGGGGGGACCCAGUCAACUCAGACUAUUCACAACAUUGGACAGGUACUGUACAUGUCUGAGACAAGGAAUAAAUAAACAAAUAAGCAGUAAUCUGACAGAGAUGUUGCACUUUGCACCUGUGUAGCCACUUCGGUAAUGACCAGAUGAUCAGUCACAGACGCAAAUCUCUUUAAAGGAGUGAAAUGUUGUUUACACUUAUAAGUUGCUUAGGGAUAUAUGACAAGCAACCAAAUAAUACAUUUCCCUUUAUAAGAAGCAGCAAUUUGUUUAGGGAAAGCAGAUUCUGAUUUCAAAUGAUAAAAAUGUUUGAAGAAACCUCUUUUGUUUUCUUGCUUAAAUCAAAGUAGAAUCCUCUAAUCCAAGGUUAUACUUUUACAUUUUUUAGACUUAAAAUGUUGUUUUGAGCUCUAAAAACCAACCCACCAACAAACAAAAUAAAAAAGCUCAUGAAAAGAUGAAAACCACAAGAGUAGAAAGACUUUUUUUUCCUGGCUGCAGACCCCUGAAGUCUUCAAACCUGUGUAAAACUUGGUUUUGGUUCAUUACAUUUGUAAGAGAUAAGGUUCUGGCUAGGUCACGACAGGCUUUGUUGGUGUUCUGAGCCAGAAUCUUAAGCAGAGUUUCGUCAGUCUAUGAACAAAGCCUGCAACAUUUCAGCGAGUGCUUUAGCCAGCUGGCAAAUGUUUGAAGGCUUGAAGCGAAGGCUUUGAGAAACAAAAACAGAUCAAUAGAGGUGAUCCCAGUGAGAUCCUACUUUGAUAUCCUGGGUUUUAGGCUGGAAGUGCUCCAGUCAGUCCUGAUGUGACACAUAUAACACAGGCUUUUUCUGUGUCUGCUGGAUGGAUGCGAACUCAACUGCAGCUUUCUGCAGACCUGUAUGCUUUCCUUGGGUGUGCUAUAAGCCAGAGGCAAUGUGUCAUCUUCCUGGCAAGGCGGACUGUGUGGUCUUUAAUUUAAACUGCACAACUUCUAGAUAUGGUGUACAGCAUAUUGUCUGCAUGUUGUCUUAAAAACUGACAUUUGCAUUUAUAUUGACUUCAUGCCGGAGUGAACUAUAUUCUUGAGAGAGUGACGGAGUUUUGUGGACGGCUUUAUAAGUCUUGUGCAUCUGCAGCGAGAAUGAUAAGAGAAGAAACAUUAUUAUUCAGUGAAAUAGUUGUUGAACUUGGUCUCAGAGUGUGCUGUAGCCACACACCAGCUAAGGACCACUUGUGACUCAUUCCCUCAAAACUGGGGAUUUAAUGUUAGGCGGUCAUGCGUGAUGGCUUUCUCAUGAAUUAUUUGAGGAAGAGAAAAAGUAAGUUCAUAUAAAAGAGGGAGAAUUAGACUGAAAGAAGAAGUAGAAUGGUAGUCUACUUUAAAAUAACCAGUCACACAGUUUGGGGUAGGGCUGGGUGAUAUGGCCUUAAACCAAUAUCAAGAUAUAUUUAGCAUUUCAUCUUGAUAAAGAUAAAAGGAUAAUAACUACUCCACAAGCUGCUCACUUCAGCCGCCGCUCCAGCUGCUACAACUUUUGAUCCGUCCUCCAUCUCCUCACCUGUCUUUCUCUUUGUGACGGACUGGAUCGGGUCAAGUCACGUCUCUGUUGUAGGACAGCAUUUUAAAGGGAUAUGGGACCAUACCCUACCUACACACAUCCGAAACUAACUUUUAUUUAUUAUUUUUUGACACAGAUUACACUGAUAUGGGCAAAAAGAUGUAGGUUAUUGUCGUAAAUUUCAGUAUCGGUAAAUUUUCAGUUUAUUGCCCAGCCCUGGUUUGGGGCUUUCAUAACAUUUACAGACUAAUGUGCUGAAUAGUUCCUGUACACGUCUCUACUUGUCCUUCUGUGCUAAGAUGGGAAAUAUCAUGGAGGUGUCAAUGUCACCUCCGUGUUGAUGGCCAACCUACAAAAUUUGGAACAACAGAGCAAUCUCUGCGGGGGUCCGGAUAAUUUAUGGACCAAGAUGCUCACAGGGUGACAGUUUGACACGUGGUUGUUUGCCAAGAUCACCUCAAAAACCCAUAUAAUUGACACCAUUCGCCUCGAGGUCUGUCAGUUUUCUGACAGCUGAUGGAACCACACGGGCUUUCACCCUACUUCAGUCAACAAAUUGAAACCUACUGUUUUAAACCAUUUUACACCUCACUAAUCCCUUUCAAACAGUGUCCUGCCCCAGCUGAGCCACAGUUCGUGACCUGCGUUAUGAAUUUGUGAUCAUUCUUUUCAGGUUGCAAAGUGGGCGCAGCAGACAAUAUGCCCACGGGAAAGUCUGUCUCCAAUCUGAUUCCCCUUGGGCGUGUGUCUGUUUCCUUGUUAAACCGGUGCUGUAUAGGCCCCUUGGCUCUGCUAUGUGGUGUAACUCACCUGCUGUUAAGACAUUUGGAUCAAAUCCCUCUACUGGGAGCGCUCUCCAGUUGCUGUUUGUAACCAGACCAGUGUUACAGAUGGCUUUCUCCUGUGGUUCACCGGUGGAGGAGGUGCAGGACUUUGAAGGUUACAGGCAGGUCUUCUUCUGUUGUUCCGUGUCGAAUGUCAUUACCAACACUCAGAGGCCUCUUUAAUACUUCAGCCUCUCCUUUUCUUUACCACCUGCAGUGAAGUGGGAUUUCAGUCGGGGUCGAAAGUGUGCCGAAGCAGAGCAUUGUGCUUUUUUUUUAAGAGGGACAGCCCUCAAGCAGACAUUCCCCUUUUCAUAAAAGAGCAGAUUGUAAUCCUUCAGUGGUGGCAGACAUAUUUUGCUGGUGCUAAAAGAACAUUUAUGGAGAUUCUGCUAUGCUGAACACUUUUUUUUUCCAUGUAGACAGGCUUUAUUAUUCUACCAUGCUGUCAAAUACCUUAAAUCAUGGAGUAAAAAACAUAAUUUUAAGGAGCUUUAGUCAAUCAAAAAAGCUUGGUUCUUCAAAGUUUCUCACUGACUUUCUCAGGAUGUCUUUGUUAGUGAUGGGAGUUACGGCUCUUUUUAGUUAGCCAGAUCAUUAAGCUCAGCUCACCAAGAGGAGCCGGCUCUUUUGGCUCCCAAACAGCUCUUCAUUUUACCACUUAAACAUUUUCUAAUUCAGCCAAAUUUAGCAUUGUUUGGCUUACAAUAUGUACGUAUGUGUACACAUACCUCUUAAAUAAUGUAGAACAUCCUUUGAACUGAAGUAUUCACAAGUCAAAAUUACAAUUUCUAAUAUCAGUACAAUGCUGUAGCCAAUUGUUUUAUUGCAUUUACAGACCCUUGUAAGUCUCUGAAACCACCCAAUGAAUGCUCUGACUUGCUUGUAGAACCACUCUGCUUCACAAAGCAGAUAGAAAUCCUGUCACUGCCUUGUUGUUUUUUUUCGAUGGUCUGUAGGGGAAAAAAAAGGGAGAAAAAAAAGAAAAAAGUCGUUCAACAUUCACAUUAAAGAGCAAGCACUUUGAACCGGUUUGUUCGCAACAGACGAAUCACUAGUCUUUAUGAUAAGACACUAACAGUGUAUCCUAGGUGGUACUGGACACUUGUGAUUGUAAAAAAAAAUGGUGAAAAUAUUUGACAACAGAGACUAUGGGGUGAUUCAGAUUGUAUGUAGCUGGAGGAGUAAACUGUUGUUUGGAGUGUGUGCAUUGCUAGUAGAGUCACGUCGGUCUGUCUGCCCUGUGGAUUGUGAAAUGGGGGCCAAUACUGAUCAAACAGCCAUGAGCACAGCUCUAGGUGGGGGAUUCCAUUAUGAUGCUCUGACUGAAAAGACCCCACACACUAACACCAGAGGGAACCAGACGGGGUUGGUUGUGCUUGAGAAGUGGUUAAAAUUGAAUCAAAAUGGUGCUUCACCACCACCACCACUACCACCAUCAACACCAAAACAUGGCAGCUGAUACCAUCUUCACUCCUCUGUCAGUGUCAGCGCACCAUUGACUAGUGUCUAAUCUUUGCUUGCUUAAAGAUUGAGUGUUAAAACCCUGAGGAGCUCAACACUGGUAUAAAGCAUCCCCAUGUAAAAGAAACAAUUACGUUUAGUGUCUUGUGAAUGUAGGCUACUGUCUACUAUAAAGCAUUGUGGAAAUUGCCUCCUUCUCUGACAAUACAUCCAGGAGCCCUCUAGCCCAGAAUGCACAGCACAGCAAGUCCACAGCCAUCAUCAUUAGGGCUAUACGUCUGUGGACACUAAUGGCAGUCCCUGCUCUGCUGCCUCAGCACGUUCGCAGGGCUCGUUUGAGACUGGAGAGUAUGAACACAUGAAUUAAUUCAAGAGAGAUAAAUUCAUGGUCUUGUCCCUGCAGGAUGAGAACCCCUAUAACACCUCUGUACCAUGAGGAUAGCAUUAGUAUCGACAUCCUCCUUCAACAGCCCCUGGAAUCAUUAAAGGCAGCUAAAUGGAGAGUUUGUUCUGGUUUGUCGUAUUUAAAUGCUGGAAAGAUGGUGUUGUUUUCUCUUUUCAUUGUGAAGAAGUGGGAGUGGGGCGGGAGGUGGAGACAAAUAGUGGUGGCAGUGUAUAACUGGGGGAUGGGCUUGGUUAGAUUGAUGUGCUUGUGGUGUGCUAACCCGUUACUUCUAAUUCCAUUUUAAGAUCACAGAAAAGCCUAAUAGGGGUCCUGAAACUGAAAACAUUUUAACGCCCAAAGAGGUGGAGUAUACGUGUCUGUAUAUGCGUAUGAGAUUUAUCACUAUUAUUUCUGAAGAAAGUGUUAAAUCUCAUAUCUGAAAAUCAAUACAGGGCCAUGGCAAGGCUCAUUCAUCAAGUUUGUUCAUUUCUUGGGCAAUGGUAAAUUAUUUUGUAAUUUACAUGCGUAGGUAGGAGAAGAUUUCCCCCCUCCUCUUUUUUUUUUAUUGUCAUGGCAACAAAGAUUUUCACCUCCCCCAAAGAACUUUGGAUUGAAUAGCCUGCUAGCUUUUUCCUACAUGGUAUUAGUAGCAAUACCCUCCUCUCUGAAUUUAUACUUACAAAUCAAUAAGCUUUGGAGAUAACAGGAGCCUGUGAUCAAAUUUACUGUAAAUCAGAGAUGACACUAAAACUUAGUGGUCCCCUUUCCCUCGUUCCACUGAAACAGACUGAUUAACUUAUGUCAUGGCAGGACGCUGUGUGUGUCUUCUGUUAUGGUUUUGAAUUAUUAUUGGAUGCAGAAAGGCUUUGACUCCCCUUUGGCUGAUCAGGAUGUUUGGGGAUUUUAACACCCACAACACGCAGUUUACAGUUAAAUUGAUCAGUCCAAUGUGAUUCUGGGAGAUAAGGGUCAGUGAUGAUGAUUGGCCCAAUUGCUGAGCUCUGUCUCACCUGAUCAAUACUCAUUGCAGGGGAUCAAUCCUCCAUAUAGAGCAGAGGGGUUGUUUUAGCCAGUCAGAGCUCAAGGGAGAGACCAUGUUUGUAGCAGACAGUGCUGCUGGUAGAUGAUAAACAGGAGCUACAUUAAGUUGACCUCUACUGGCUAUGUGGAGUUGGUUAGCCGGCAGCAGACUGUUGAGUUUGUUCAGUUUUGCUAUAAAUUGUUUAUCAUAAUUACACCUGUCAUUAAUAGGGAUGAAGAUCAAAACCUGGUUCUGCUACAGACCUGGUUCUGCCUUUUUCAAAACCCUGUUGAAAACUAUUCGAGCUCAUCAAUACUGCCUCGUCGGUCCUGAGGCAUUGUGUCUCUAUCUAAAGGCGAGUCAUGAAAUCUCUGGAGCAGAAAUAUGCAUUGACUCGUGCCUAUAAGCUUUGGAUAAAUAGUUUAUGUUGCAAAAUUAAAUGUGUCCUCCAUUUUAAAAUGUAAAUGCUUUUUUGAUACCGACCGUUGCUGCAGUAUAUUUAACUGUCUCCUCCUCCUGUCAAAGCAGCUGCAGUAGAGCUUAGUAGAAUCUCCAUCUUCAAGUUAGGUUAAGGUUAAAAGAGAAUUAGCUAAGUUUCAGUUCAUCUAACAGGAGGUAGCAUAACGCUGUGAGAGGUGGGACAUGCUAUUUCCAACUUACCUAUCUAACAGAGUUAAGUAGUGUGUAAAAACUUUCAGAUUUGCAAGUAUUUCUCUUGGAAUAGGAUGAAGUUAUAAUUAAAUCCGUAAAAUCAAGUCUUUGUCAAGUUUAAAUGCCAGCGACCUAGAUGAAUAAAAAUAUUCUACCUUUGACAGCAUAUCUGUCCAAAAACAGAGAUGUUACCAGAUCGACAGCCAACAGCAUUUUGAAAAGUACUGUCAUGUGUAAACAAAUAAUUGAGUCAUCAUUUAAUAUGUUGUAGAUUUACGGAGCCCCUGAGGGACAUGGAUAAAAAAAAAAGAAUUUUCUUGAGAUUUUUUGUGAGGGCACGCAAAACUGUGUGCCCUCACAAGACAAUUGCAAGAUCUCGCAAACGUCUCAGGAGUCGUUGGUCAGUAUAUUUCUCCUGUUUCAAUUCAACAAAAAUAAUGGAACGUACGCAGCCGUGGGUAAGGCUCAUUGAAUUUUAUUUUGAACUCAUUUUCUGCCCACCUUUUCCCUUUGCAUGAACAUACUGUCUUCGGGGCAUCCCUUGAGGGUAGCAAUUUUUUGAAGUCGUCCUCAAUGAUUUGUGUUUUAUAAGAAAAUAGUGCCUGCGUCGCAGAACUGACUUAAUAUCUUUUUUUUAUCUGAGGCCAAUCUCAAAAAAGAUGCAAUGAACCUUUGUGUGAGUUCCAUCGUUUGGGUUGACUCGACACAGAAGAAAUACACUAAUCUAUAAUCUUUGUAAUUAUAACCCUUUCACAACUUAGUGAGAUCUCGCAAUAGUUUUGCGAGAGUACACAAUAGAUCCUUUUUUUAUUUUUUUCCCCUUCAUGUCCCGUUUGGGGCUCUGUAUACAUUAACUCAGAUUCUACAUUAUAAAGUUAGAAGUCUUUUCAGUGGUAAAGGUACUCAUCAGUCUGUGUCGGUGGCUGAAAAAGGUUACUAGGAGGUUUUUCACCAGCCAACAAUGAAAUAAUCUUUUACUAAAUUUAAGUGACAGAUCAUGUCAGGAAUUAAGGAAUUAUCAGUCAUCAACUAGGUUUCUUAACAUGUCCUCAUUUGCCAUUUCAUUGCAUUUCCCUAUUCCUGUCCAAUCUAGACUUCAGCUGCUUUUUUAAGAAGUAUUAGUUGGAUUUCUAAAUUCUAAUAUUCCUAUUUUAUAUUACAGCAUGUUUUAAUUUAUAGUCUUGAAUUAGUUGUUACAAUCCAGAAAUAGGGUCUAUAACUGACUUGAAUAUUUAUUUAAAUCAUGUUUAACUUUGACCAAUAUUUCAAUGGUUAAAACUAAAAUAGUAAAAAUAUAUGUAUCGUUGAGUGGCCAUAUCUAGUUUACUCUUUUGAAAUUUGCACAGCAGACAAGCGGCGAUCAGGAAUCAGACUGGCGAGUCAAAUGCUUGUCAUUAGGAUGUGUUGUACCAGUCAUUGUUGAUGGUGUUGUAGGGCUGAAGAGCAUGAAUUAUGGAUGAAGUAGUUUAAAUGUGACACAUAAACUGUAAAAAGCUUUGAGAUGAAAGCUGGGAUGUCAGACAGUGAAGCAUUUUGCUUCGGACUGACCGCAGAUCCUGCUGUGACCACAGCAUGAGGUAAAAUCUGAGAUCAAUCAGGGCUUUCCUUAAUGGAGCCGCCGGUGGAGAGGAUUAAUACCAUGUCCAUCACCAGCUUCCUAAAAAGCAACAAGGUGGAAUCCAUCAUUAAAAUUCCUGUUGUUAUGGCUCCUGACGUUUUGUAUGUCAUUAAACUCAGAAGUGCUCAGCGAAGUGGAAAUGAAAAAUAUCUGGGCUGGUGGAUGCUUGCAUGCAUAUUUCUUUUACAUAUGUGGUCUGAAUGUUCUUCUUUGCCACAGCACAAAAAAGUCGAACAUGUUUCUUUUGUCAAAACACGUUGAACAUGUGUUAUUUCUAUAUUUGAGACUUUGCAACAACAUAUCAGCGUUUUUUUAAAUCUUUGAUUGGAACAAAUUGUGAUAAAAGUGGAGAACUGUGCAGUGCAAAAAGAUAACUGAAUGUUCUCUAUGAAAAUUUGAUUGCUAAAUGUUCUUUCUAUGCUGUCCCAACUUCAAUAUCCAAAACAGAGCAAUCCCUCCCUCCCUUUAAUAGAGUCUUUGAGGGAGGCACAGGAAGAGGAACAAAUGCUCCUAUUCAGAGGGGUCCAAAAUGCUAAUGCCUCCGGCUCUUAACACGUUUUUAAGGGUUCCCAUGUCACGACAUGGCAGAGUCCUUCCUAAUGGUGGCUAUAGCAGGAGACUGCAUGGAAAAAGCCAGACACAUUACAGAACAUGACAAAUAUGACAACAAGUCUUCUGGUAUCCAGGGGAACGGGGCCUCUGGAUUUCCUUACUUGCCUUCUGGUGGAUGUACACAAGCUUGUUAUGUCCCGCAGAGCAUUGAGGUUUCUUUUUUCCAGAUGACCAGAGUCACUGAAACCUUUGUUUGAAGCUAAAGAUGGCCUGUGACAUUUAAACUAUCUUUAGUCCCUGGCAUUGCCUAGUUUUGUUUCUAAAUCAGCCCCCACAUUAGUGCAGUCAUAGACCACUUGGGCUUGUGAGAAAUGAAGCAAAGUACAGCACAGAUGCUAGCAUGUGUCAGCUGGUAAUAUUCAAAGUUAAGUGUGUCCUUGUUGUGUGUGAUGGCAACUCUUGGAACAGUAUUUGAGAAACACUGCUUUAAUAAAGAAGGGACAGGCAGGGCUGAGUGACUGCUUGGUGAAGUGAUUUUUGUUCAUUUGUACUGGUACUGAAAGGGGGUUGUCUUUGGCCCUCAGGCCCUUUACUAUUGACGAUAUGUCAACUCCAAAAGUUUUUCUUGAGUGACAUCUGCGGUUGACCAAUGGGACUCAUUUAUUGACCAUUAGAAUUGACUGAAUCCAGACCAUCACCGUUUUCUCUUUUUGAGAAAUGUUCUUUCAUAUUUCAAAGUAUAAGAAGAACUUUAUUAAUCCCCGAAGGGAAAUUCAAUAUUCAAAAAGUAUUUAGCUAUUGCACACUAAGUAGUGCAAUUGAUGUUUUGAUUGGGUACAUGAUAAACAUUUUGUUAAUGGACUUUUAAAUGCUAGGGAAUAGUAUAAUAAUCCCUGAAUCAUGUUUCGUUUGUAGACUAAUAGUGCAUAUAGAGUUUUCCUGUGCCGCUGUUGGAACUCCAAGGAAAUGGUGCUCUGAGUAAAAUGUUCAUAAAAACAAGUCUGAUGGAUGGUAAAGUAUUUUAGCCCUGUAUUUGGCUUAAAACAAUGCAAAGACAAUUCAUUAAAUGCUCAAACAGAAAAAUGUCCCUAAAACAAAAAUGUCAGUGAUCGACACGUCAGGGCUCCCCACUCAGCUCCUGCUGGAGGAGAGUAGGUGAGUUGUUUUUAGUCUCUUUGCCAAAGAAACCAGGCAAAGCUAAAAAGAUGUUUGAUGGCUAGUACUAUGGCUAGGACCAUAUAUGUACUGUUGAUGAAGUUAGGUGCUGUUCUGAGCAUUAUUUGUGGCUAGGGUUAGCUUUUUGGUUGAGGUUUGCGCAUGGAGAUGUAGACCGCUGUGUAUUGCUAUAGUGCGGUCGUUGCUGAAGUUGGUAUAACUAGAGAAACAAGUAGUCGGUAAAAUGAAUCUCUCAAGGGGGUUUCUAACUCUGUGUUACGGUGUGUUUGAUCAUAACUUAAAUUUACACUGGAAUAUUCCUUGGUUCCUGUUAUUACUAACCUGUUGCAAAUGAACACAAUAAGGUAAGAGAUGGUGUUUUUACCCACUGCACAACAUUUCAGCAUUUUAUUGCCCCUGGCCAGACUGUUUUGAAAUAUAUUAGACAAUCAAUCAAAUCGAUCAUUUUUGAAAUCUAAAUCCAUUCUCACACACACACUGAUAGAUUUGUAAACCUUCAGUUUCUGUGAAUAUCAACACUUUAUUUAGAGUCUCAACCCUUGCAGGACUGGGGGGUGAGAAACCUUGAUGACGAAAACAUCGGUCAGGUUAUAUAAAUUUAAUGCGCACCGUGAUUUAAAAAAAACAUUAUACUGUUGCACAAAUAAAAUAAUCCCUUCGCAGCACAAUGCUCAUUUUUCAUUGAUAAUCAGCCUUUGUUUUCAAACACAGUACUGAGUGUUCGGUCCUUCACUUUCGUCCUAUUUACCUUUGGAUCUUUUUUCAUGCAGCUCAUAUUUCUCUGUUUAAUCAUCAGUUAACCAGAUUAUUGAGCCACCACAUGGAGCUAGUGCGGGGUCACAGUAAUCUCACUGUCUGGGAUGCAGUCCAAACUACAAAAUAGAUCUAUAUUGCACCAUUGUUUGGAUAACAUGCAUGGCUGCAGAACACCCUUCUUUUCCUAAGCUGAAUAUGUGGAUACAGGUAGCCUGCAAACAUGAUGAUUUUUAUCUCCAUUUCCUUCUCUCACUCUGUCUGGUUGUAUGUUCGAUUUCAUGAUAAAGUAAAUUAGAUCUGAUCCCACCACAGAUGCGACGCUGCUGCAGUUGUAUCAGUAUCUAACCUCCCCCACCUACCAGCUCUUGAGGAGUGAAUUACCUCCCCUUAAGAGCCUUUACCCACCAACCCAAACAUCUUACUGUAGUGAAUAAGAGAUGAGAUUGAGACUGUGAGAACAGAUUGUUUAAUUUUCUCUUUGUCUGCCUUGCAUAAUGAGAAAAAAAGCCCCAUUUGGUCAGAUUUUAAUGUAAAACAUAAAGGUCAAACAAAAUGAGUGUUUUAAUAAAUAGAAACUGCAUACCAGUGUUUAUUGAUUGGCCCACAGAGGGAUGAUGUGAUUGUCCCAGCCAAAGGUCACUGUCAUGUGAGGUACAUAUUACAUGAGUUUGAGUUUUGUUUUAUGUUUUUUUCAAAAAUAAAAAAAACUUUAUCAAUGAUUAAUUUGCUCCUGAUCUCAAGUCUCUCCUUUUCAGAUUCAUUGUUUUUAUUAAUUUAUUGAAUUCAUUUUUGUUAGUCUGCAUUUACCUGAAAUCACAGCUGAAAAUUCCUGUAGUUUAAGAGAAGUAUCACAGCUUUUGGUGUUUAGAGACAGUGUUUUUAAAGUGUAUACUAUUAUACUGUAAGUGAAAAAAAAGAAAGUUCUCCUCUGUGUGACUUUCACUACCUCUAAUAGUAGACCUCCACCCACUCAUGGACAAAGCUGCAUUCUGUCUCCAGGCAGAGCUUUUGAUGUUAGCCUGACAAAAGCGUCAGCUCCCAAAGCUCCUUUCACUGAAUUUCUGCCCCAUGCGUCCUUUGAAGUUAUGAAAAGAUAACUUUCUGGGUGUGCCUUGGUUUUUAGUUUGAAGCAGACUUUUGUUUAAAAUGUUGUGCCAUACUUUCAUGUGGCAGUAGCUCAUAGAAACAUUAAGAGCUCCAAGCUUUUGAUUUGGUGAGAAAGCUGCUUCCCCCCCUGAGUAAGUUAAGUUUGUGUACAGGUACCAGCACAGUAACAUUUCCUUUGUUCUGACUCUUUCAGCUCUUCAAAUGACUGUUGUUUGAAAUAAAGAUGUAACCUGCAGGUUUUUGUAUUUAAUCACUGACCCUUCAUGUCAGUAGUUGUAGCUUUCCUGUUUGGCCUGUGGUUACCAGGUGCUGCUUUAAGUGCAUCCAUAAAUUUUUAAGGUCUCUGUUAUUUAUUGCGCCUUUUCAGCUGUUGGUAUGGUUUUAAAGGCAGAUGACAUUUUUUCCACUUUCUUGACAAGCCCCAGCAGACACAGUUAACAGUUCAUAUUGGUUUUAACUUUUACAAGCUUUAAAGGUUCCAUAUUAUACUCCUUUUCAGCAGGUUCACAUGAGUCCCAGAGGUUCCAGAACAGCCAGUUUGAAGUUUGUUGUUCAAAAAUCCUGUUUUUUCCCGGACUUCAGCCAGCCUGAAAACUCUCUUUAGCGCUGUUUCUGUGUGGCGCACCUGUCCACGCCUUCUUCAGCAUGAGCCACACCCCUCCCUGUCUCUCUGGAAGAGGGGGGUGUGGCUUACGCUACGGUACCAUACGCUAAUGUUUACCCAGUGUGCUAGUGCUAGCUGUACCAGUUUGAUCCAGAGUCUGACAAAGAAGGAGAGGCUCCUGAAGAAAUUCCAACUCUGUGUCUGCAGCGGAACAUUUCUGAAUAGUUAGUUAACAUAUUAUAUGUCUCCAAAUUUUUCUUUUUACUUUGUACAUGUGUUGGCACACAGUGACUUACAUGUAGCUAGGUAACAUUAGCUCCUGCUAAAGGUUACAUCUCUGCUGUCUUCUCGUUACUUGGAGCUCUUUUGGUGAAUGCACAAUAUUGUUAGUACAGUUAUCUCUUGUGACGAUGUUCUUGCAGUCUAUGGAAACAGACUUCUGUGCAACAACAGAGCAACUGCCAUGCCUUGCUCGUUCGCCAUUUCGAACAAGCGUUUGUGAGGGAGAAAAAAAGUGUCUGAGGGGAAAUUUUCGGGGGCAGAACAAACAUAUUGGGCGGGGUCAACAACUUGGAGGGGAGGAGUUAUCGCCGUCCAUGAUGUCAUGGAAGGCGAUAGUUUCAAUCUGCCCAUUUGAGCAGACAUUUUCUGAAAGGUGGAACAAGCAAGAGAGGGAGAGGAUAGAAUUUUGCACAAUAUGGGACCUUUGAGGCAGGAGAGGCCUGAAGUGGUCCUGCAGCAUGUUUGAGGCAAUAAAGUAGAACUAAUCACUGACAUUUACAGUCAAAUAAAGCCAGGAGGUGUAAUUUAUUUAAACAUUAGUGCGACUACUAAUGUAGUUUGGAAUUGUGCUUGUGGAUCACUCCUGAAACAACCUAAUUGGCCAUCAGGAGAGACUGUGAGAAUAAGUAUGAUUCAAGCUUCCCACCGCCACACCCCUCUCACAGUGAGCAGUAAAGACAACACUGGAAUAGAUGGAAGUGUUACAUUUGACAUCCUCGAAUGAAAAACUCAGUUUUAGGAAAAAAAGAAGAGAAAAAGUCAUUUCUUUCUUUGUGUUGCCAGGGCGAAGUAACAUCUGCCCACACACAGACCGAAGUAGAUCUGCCAUGUCUUUCUUUUUGUGUUCUUGGUGAAUAGCCUACAGGUUGAAGCUUGAAAGUUGAGCAGCCAUCCCAUUGACAAGCAUGUCUGUGUAAAAACACACACUGAGAAUAGGCCUCGCCCCCAACCCUUGACCCAGACACACACAGCCACCCACGCAUCUUUAAUUUGUCUCAAAUAUUGGUUUGCUUCCCCAUCUCUCUCUGUGCAUCCACGUGAGACGGAUCCCUCUGACAUUUUCCAUUGCAGGAUUAACUGUGUAGGGCAACAGCCUCGAUCCGCCUCAAUGCUCCUAGAGGUCUGACCCCAAAAUGUGUGUGAAAAGGUGGCCUGCAGGACACUCCUUAGAAGGCCAUUAAGUCCUUACGGCUUAUUGUGAGAAGACACAGGCAGAAAAAAGCCUGUUUUCUGGACAGAAUUUAACAUACAGGCUGGCAGGAGGAGAGCAUGAUGCCUUUACUUCCUCGAGUCACCAGUCCAAAUAAAUCAUUUUCUUUGCCAGGUGGGCUAUAGCUGAUGAAAACUACCCUGUUAUUUAGCUUCUGCCUUCAGGACUUCACAGUCACAUUAACACUUGGCGCUCUCUCUGGAGAAAAAGGAUAUGAUUCAGAGUUUAGUUUGCAUUUGUGUUAGCAGGUCUGUGUAUGUGCGAGUAUGUUUGCCCACAGUGUGUUUCUGCCAAUAUGUUCAUGUUGAUCCCUCCAAACAUUUGGAAGGCUGUGUGUCCAGGGUGUAUCUCAAGGCAGAGCCAAGCCUGGUUACCAUGCCUACAUGUUUUACUAAGAGACACUGCAUGUAUCUGAGGGAAUUCAUAUUCAAGCUCAUGUUUGCUUUUGUACUCUGUCAGCUGUGUAAACACUCCUCAUGAGUGAAGCACUGAGGAGUUUUCGAUUGCUUUAAGUGACCUAUGGGGAACAGGUUAUUGAUUCUGGGGGGAAACAUGAUUAAAUUGAGUCUAAGUGGACACUUCAUCAGGGAAAAAAAGGGGGGUUAGGGAGCCAGUCUGCUUCCAACCAGGUUCAGAUGUUCUCUUUCUUAUUAAUUUUAUUUUAGAGUGAAAUAUUAGAAUAUUCAUACAGCAUGAUAGUGAUCAAUGAUGGAUAUCUAUAACCAUAUUUUAGGUGUAGUCGUUAUUUGAUAUAUAUUUUGUGUACUGUAUGAGUUUCAAACAUUUAUAAUCACAUACAACAUACUGUCAUGUAGGGACAUUUAUUCAAAUUUGAUGUUUAUUUUCACCAGCAUUGGUGCAGCCUUGUCUUUUGCUGACUGAGGGUGUUUUGCAGCCAAAGGCGGAACAGACGCUGUUGUGCACAUCGUGUUUAGUAGGUGUGUUAAUCAGGAGUAGAGAUCCCUGAUCACUGAGUGCACCAUCUGUGAGGCUCUGAUGACCCACAGUCUGGCUGAGAUAGAGCGUUGGACCGGUACACUCUCUCUUCUUGGAAACACUUAUUGUGCAGUAAGCUCUGUCUGCCUUCACACCCUCCUUUUUUUAUAUCAAGACAAACCUGUUACUCCUUAAUUCUAAUUUCUGCUCUGAGCUACACUUCUGUGACAAUAUCAACCACAGAGUUUGUGCAGCCCCCUUUGCUCUUACUCUGAUGUUUGAUCUUUUCUCUCUGUAGUUUGUAGCACGUAUAAAUCAGCUGUCAGCACAGAUCUGGUAAUAGUUUAAGAAGCUGUUGAAGUGCCACAGAUAAUGGAGAAACGCACAUGUGUGGAAUUCUGCCCGUCUUUUCAUUUGCAGUCAUAGAGCAUAAUCGGUACCAGUCACAACUCUGCUGAUAUCACACAGGGUCUGAGUGAGGCCAAGUCGAGUUUAUAAUGAAAUCCCCAAACUGUGACUAGAAAUAAGUGCAUUCAUAUGGUCAUAGCAAUUCUGCAGAAACAGCUGCACAACGCAUCAACUUUUCAUCAAUGGCUAAGUGAUCAGUAUGAAGAUAGGGGUACCUGUUACCAUGGCAACUCACAAGAGAAACACGCAGAGAACUGCAGUGGUUUCCAUAUUGAUUCAGAAGUCAGAAAACAGAGCAAACGGUAUCAGCCAAAAGCAGGCUUCUAUCAGCAAGUGCCAGGUUCGAGGCUUAUUGACCGUUUUUUUGACAGACUGAGGAACAGAUGACUUUUUGGCUAAAUGGGCCACAUGCCCAAAGUUCAAUUAAAAAUCCCACACUGUGCAGAGCCAGCAUAUUUGCCAAAAAAGGAAGAAGUGUAAAUCAGAUUUUGUGUCCACUCAGAAAUGUGUUUAGAUCCAGGAGAAUCACAAUAACCAUAAUCGAGAUUAAAAGAAUAAGGUUCUGAAUGCAUGAGUAAAAAAGCAGAAUCUCAGUGCAAACAGACUUGUAUGUGUUAUCUUUGCUGAUGUUUAAACUGCCUCUAAAUUUAUAAUUACUGCGGUGAGAUGUGCCGGCUGUUUAUUUGCAAUGCUCUGCUAUGACUUCAAGUCCCUCCCCAAUCAAUUUUAUUUAUUUUUUUACUACUAAAAGUGUUAUGAGUGGUCUUUAAAUUGUGAUUAUGGAGUUUUUAGCCAAAAUUACAUUAACUGUGUCAUUUUCAAGGCCUUUUCUUCUGCAGAGCUCCAGUAGCUCAUUAGCAAUACACUUCUGAGUCGUGGGCGGAGACAGAGCUGCUCUGCACACUCCUCUUCUCGCUAGCUUGUAGCCUAACAUUGCCAGUUUGGCAGAAGUAUGUAACAUAGGAGCUAUUCAGCUCUCAGACACAAAUGUCUUUGGGGACAUGAUGAAAGUUAAUUUCAUAGUUAGCUUUCUUACGAGCACUGCAAUCGCACGCACUUGUUCUGUGAUCUCUACUUUUCCGAGUGUGGCCUGCAUAGCGGGGCUCCGGGGACGAAGCCUGGAUUUGUGACAUAGGAAAUCUCACAGUAUCUGAGCCUGCUAUUGGGUCUGCCAGAGAUUCACAGCAGUUUGAAUACAGAAAUACUCAGAAAUGCAAUUUAGCACUUUGAUUUCUCAUGAUAUGUCCUGUAACAUCAGAAAAAUGUCAUAUGAACAUGUAGACAACAAGAAAAACAUGAUUUUCAUUGGAGUGGGUGCUUAAAAAUAUGAUACAUUAGCCUCAUGCUAACAUCACAGUAAACAUCAUAGUGACAUUCAGUGUGUGAGUCCCACCCAGGCCAUGUCAGAUAGUGGACUGAGGAAGGGGACAAAUUACAUACCAGCUUCUUGAGAAUCAAAGUGACAGCAAGAAUUAAGCAAGCUGACUUUAUAUGGGUUUAUUGAGUUGCAAGAUCUGCUUGUACUCUCCCUUAGCCUGCCUUUGUGACAUUGACACAAUCGGUUCAAAGUGUGGAUAAAUGUUUGCCUUUUACCUCUGAAAGUCAUGUCCAAAUCAGUGAAUCAACUGGACUGGAAGUGUGAAAGAGUCAGAGCAGCAGGGAGAAAGGGGAAGAGGCUUUCCCCCGGGGCAGUGCCCAGGACAAAGUCAGGUUUGUCUGGCCUGAGUGCACGAACACUAAGCUUUUCGGAACUGGCAGCCUGCCCCGGUACCUACCCAUCUCCCCGGGCUUCCAGAGCUCUCCAGCCCCGGAGCACUAAGCAUUUGUGCAAAGUUCAUAAGGCUUCCCUCUGUUUGUGUGGCCAUAAUGACAGCUCCAUCCUGUUGUAGCUCAAAGAGUGCUUAUUGGCUCUAAGGGCCUUGAGCUGGCUCUGCAGAGACGUUUGAGUGUUCUCAGUUUCUGACACUGCCUGACUGCUCCAAUCAUGAAAAGAAUACACCCCUUCCCACCACCACACACACACACACACAACCAACAGCUGAGAAGUUCAGUCUUAAGUAUAUCCUUCAUCAAAGAUAACACAUAUUAAGAAAAUUAAUGUGUCAUGAAAUCUCCACCGCUGAGGUGAUUUGUGGUGAUUUAUAUACUGAAUCACCAAAAAGCAGGCAAUGUUCUUGAUACAGUUUGAGUUGUUAUACUACAACGGAGUAUUAGGGCCACCUUAAGAAAAAAAAAAGAAAAGACUUUGAGAUUAAAGUCAUUAAUUUACAAGAAUAAAGUCAUUACUAACGAGAGUAAAGUUGUAAUAAAGUAAUUACUUAUGAGAAUAAAGUCGGAAUAAAAUCAUUACAAGAAUAAAGUCCCAAUAAAGUAGUAAAGUAGUAAAAUCAUUAUGAUACUUGCGAUAAUGUGGUGCUGAUGUGCCAAAGCUUGUAUCCAUCAUGGACAAUCCCUCUCACCCACUGCACCAGACUGUGGGGGCCUUAAGCAGCUCCUUCAGCAUCAGACUGAGACUCCCACCUUGCAAGACGGAGCGCUACCGCAGGUCAUUCCUCCCUUCUGCAAAAAGACUUUACAACGAACUGUAAUAAAACUGGACUCACACCACCACUUUUUUUCUGGCAUGUAAAUUGUGUAUAUUAUAUAUAGUUUUAUUUUUCUCCCUUUUUCCUUUUCCUAAUUUUUUUUUCUUAAUUAUUACAUUUAUUUAAGUUCUUAAUGUUACGAUCCUUAUUUUUAUAACUGCAUUUUUGCACUAUUUUUGUCUGUGAUGUUGCUGUGACAAAAAAAUUUCCCCCAUGGGGGAUCAAUAAAGGAAUAUUCUAUUCUAUUCUAAAAGAUUAGGUAUCUCCUUGUUUGAGAUUGUUUGAGAAACCUAUACUAAAGUACAUUUUCACGAAAUACUCCACGGGUCUCAUUUAAACAACUGUCAUCUUAAACAACAGGUUAGAAUAUAAGGACUUCAUUACGACUUUAUUUCAAGUAAAUAUAAUAUCUUUGUUCCAUCAAGCCUUUUCAUGACCAAAUGCGGCUGUCUCGUAUUAAAGAUACACAGUCCCACCUGUCAGCAUUUGGGAGGCCUGACUGAUAAUAACCUUAUUUGUAUCCACAAGUUCCCUCAAAGUAGCCAUGCCUUUGGUUGGUCAUUCACUGUGUUUACGAUCACAUCAGCAUAAUUCAAGCAUGACCCUCCUCCCCCCUUUCAUUUUCUGCCUUUCUCCCUUUUAAAACCCAAGCGUCAAACGAGGGUCCACAUCAUACAUCAUCCAGACUGAGGGCGCUUCCUCCCUUCCCCCUUAUGUGUCGUGGGAGAGAGACUGCGGGGUCUUAUUGUUGGGCUGAUGGAAGCACACACUGGCAGUCUCUGAAUUCUCUGUGCGCUGAGCUUUUUCCUGACAUAUCUCCCAGCCUCAACCCAGGUCCAUCCUCGAAGUCAUGAGUAAAGACUUUGGUGAGCAGCACAAAACAAUGAAGUCCACACAGAAAAACGAGCACAGAUUUAUUUUUUUAGUAAAUCUCUUCGGAUGUUUGAAGGGAAAAGAGCAUCCUUAGAAGCUCAAAUACUGUUGAACUUACUCUGGGAUAUAUACAUGAACAGUGCUAACAGUUAGAGAGACUGCAGAGGAAACCUCCAGGAUGAGCAAAUAUUAACAGUCUCCCACUCAGCAUGUGGUCUGUCCUCCCGCCUAGUAUAUUGUUCACACUAUGUUUUUUUAAUUGAUCACUUCAAAUGAACACUCUUCAUUGAGCCUUCAGCAUUCCUCCACUCUCCUUUUGUACACAGCCAGCGAAUAGCCCCUGGAUUGGCCUUUGUUGGAAUGAUUGUCAGUGGCUUAAUGAGCGUCUUUGCCAAGCUGGAGGAUUUGGCAACAUAUGUGACUACAGUGCUGUGUUCCUCUCUGUCUUUAGCCAGUACCAAACCGUAGAACGUGCUCAGAUCGGUCCUUUUUCUGCUGAUAUAAACACAGCGUAUUUUCAUUUUGUUUCUUGUGGAUGUUAUUACCUGGAAUAGAGGAGUUACUCCUCCUGUGGGGACCCGGGCUGAGAAUGAGGAAAAUUCUUGUAAGUAGCCAUAGCACCUGGGGAUGUAAGUAAAGCUGCUGCUGCAGCAGAUAUGGGUCUCUUGGUGUCCUGAUAUGACAGGAGACAUUGGGUUGAUUUCAUUUCUACAAAACACUGGCCCAGGAUUCAUAUUUUAAAAUGGGCUGCCAAACUAAAACCAGAAAGUCAGACUAAUGUGUUGAGUGGGCCUUUUGCAGACAAAUGAUUUUCCACUAUAUGUAUUUUGCUUUGAGAUGUGUUUCUUUAUUGAAUUUACAUCUGUAGAAGAUCAUUCCAUCUGUGGUGUCAAGUUGUUUCUUUGUUUCUGUGAGACUACAAACACCUCUAAUAUCUUUGGAGAGUUUGGAGAUACCAAGCAAAAGUUUGCAACUAUUGAAAUACUGAAGACAUCCUUGUUUUAUUUAGUCAAAAGUGGAAAAGAUGAUACUAUCACUGUAAAGUACUCAUGACCACUACUGGAGAUAUGAAGUGAAAGGUCAAGUAUGUUCCUUACAUCCCCUAACUUUGUUUCUGUGCCAAUAUGUGAGAGUAUACUAACUGAAUACAGAUAACCAUAAAACAUUUCAAAGACAGAUUUAGCCCUCAUUUUUUCCUACAUAUUAUUCAAAAACCAAAUAUUUUACCCAAGCGGGAUGUGAUGUUCUCUUUCCAACAGCUCACAUGUGGUAUACUGUAGGUUAAUAACUGUUGUAUACCUGCUCCAUCACAUCUGUUUCAACACAUAAGGCUCCUUGGCAAAGCAAACGGGCAUCAAGCCAGAAUGUGUAACCAAGAAAAUGAGAAUCACGUGUUUCAUCUACAUUUAUUCUCCAAUAAUGGUUUUGAAAAAAAGAGAGAUAGUUUUAUUAUGAGGUAUUCAUAACUCUGAAUAAGUCCUUAUAGAUAAUCUUUGAUAUUCUAGAGGGAAUUUGUGUCCAAGCCAUGUGCAAAUUUUACGUCGACAAUCAGUUUUAAAAUUUAGUUAGUUUUAUAUUUUGGCAGAGAGCACAAGAACAGUUCCCCUUUUAUUCUCCUCUAAUUUUUCAAAGAAGGUAAUGUUGUUUAACUGAAUUUCUUCCAGUUUAUUUUGGAGACCUAACUACUGAUUACAAAAGUGAGGUUAUUAAAUACAGUUCUCAGUUCUGGAGAGUUGGGCUAUUACCAAGUUACAUGCGGAUCAUUUGCCUGGUCAACACAUCUUUCAACAUACUUUAGGACAGUGGUUCUUAACCAGGGUUCUAUCGAACCCUAGGGGUUCGGUGAGUCAGUCUCAGGGGUUCGGCGGAGCCUCUGCCACGGAGGUCAAGACACACCUGACUCAUUAUGUAAAUUCGAGAAGGGUUCGGUGAAAGUGCAUAUGAAACUGGUGGGUUCGGUACCUCAAACAAGGUUAAGAACCACUGCUUUAGGACCUGAGGUUAUAUGACUUACCUCUGGCUUGUCAUAACUAAGAUUUUUACAUCCAGCAGAGUUUGGUCUGUGGCUCAUUUCAUUUUGAUUUGUCUGGACACAACCUCGGCUCGACCCAUUUAAGUGAUGGAGAGGCACAGGAACCAGGCUAUAUAUCCGGCAGCUGCGUCAAACAGCUGACCGGGAGUGACACUCUCCAGAUGCUAGGCUCAAGCACAGAACAGGAAAUACUAACUCUGAGUUACAGUCUCAUUUCACAGGCUGGAAUUUAGACUACAGCUGUUUAUUGAACACCUGAAGGGGUUAAACAUACAGAUAAAGCAACAAAUGUAUUUCCUGGAAAAUGUGGGCUUGCUACUGCUCUGUCUUCUGUGUUGACAUCAGAAAUUCCUGGUUCGUUGCAAAAAUAAAUUGCUUCAGGGUCUGAUGGAGGUGAGGAUUUGGGAUAUAAGAGUCAUCGAUCAUGUCUUGCUGUGGCACACUUUCGUCUGGGGAAAUUGCCAGCAUCAGUCAGAGGAAAGUGAAUAAAUGUGGAGAGAAGUAGGCUGUGUUAGUUCUAACAAAAUAAUAUUACAGUCCCUGCAGUCCAACUUGUGAAUUCAUCUCUCUGCCGGCUACUCAGGAAGGAUCACACACUAAUGUGAUUAUUGUCCUGGGUAAGGGCCAUUCCUGUGGGACUUCAAAGAGAGCAGAUCAGAGGGAAAAUGAGAAAAGCUGUAAGCUGUGAUGCAGACAGGUGCAGAGCACUUCUCUUUUGCUUUAAACAUAUGAGAAGGUUCAACAUGAGGGCUCUCACCAGAUCUGUUCAGUAUUUCAGCCAAUAUUUAACAUACGCAUGAUACAUGAUUUAAUGUUUUAGCAAUUAAACGUAUCAUAAUUCAGUACUGAUUAAAUUAUAUUACCAAAUCCUCUUUGUAAAAAAACAAAAAAAAAAAAAACAGCCUAGAACAAAAAAAGGCUUGUGCCACUGCUCCAAAAAUACCCUCCACCCCCCACCCCACACACACACACACACAUGCAGGAUGAUACAAUGUCCCUGUAUUUGUUACCCUGGCAUGAUGCUAUGCAUUGAGCUUUAAGUCGGUGGGAAAAUUGUUAUAAUUUGAUGCAUUUAUUAUCCUCCUGAUACAGAUGUCACUAUGGUCAAUGACUUUGACUUACAGUCAAUGAUAUUUUGUUUUCUACUGUGGCUGACUUUAAUGUUGAUUUACUCCAAAAGAUUCAAAUUUCACAUCUAUUCCUCAAUAUUCUUAAUUUAAUUUAUAUACUAAUUUACAGGCUCACUAGAAUAAAACACAUCUGCAGCUUUGGUUGACAAUAAUUUUAUAAAUUAUUUCAAACAUAUUACUUGCUCUGGGUUAUUGUUAACUGAUAUUUCUGAUUAUAAAUUGAUAUUUCGUUUUUAAAUCAGACUUAGUCCACAAGAUAAGUGUGUUAUACAGAUAUUGUCGCAAGUUCAAAAAGAGAAAUGGAAACUUAUUUAUUCCCUUGAUGCUGAAUUUGUUUAUCUCUCAUCUUAACUAUUUUCACAUCCAUGUUUGAAAAAUAUUUCUGAAAAUGAUUAGCCUUGGAUCACUCGAGGUCUGCUAAGAACUUAAAAAAAAAGAGAGAGAAAUGAAAAAAUGCUUAAACAGUAUUGAAAGUCCCACCCCAUUAAUAUUUAAGCUUAUAAAAAUAUAAAAAUGCUUAAAAACUGCUGAGAAAGUACUUUUCAGAUGAAUGUGAACAAUCUUGCAAAACCAUAUAGAAUCUGUAAUGAAUAGAAAGAGGGUCUUCACAUCUAUUCCAUCUAAAUUAUCUGAUGGUGGGAAAAUUUUUGCUUUUUCUUUGGACAUUAUUAAUAACUUAAAAUGUUUUGUACAUAUUGGCCCCUAUUUGGCUAAAGUCAUAAAGAAGGAGAAUAAAGAUAAUGUCAGAUCAGUAUCGCUGUAAAACUAUGUUUGAUCCUCCUCGCUCUAGAGAAGAGCACAACAGCAUAUUGGAAAUGACAGAUUCUGCCUUCAGGUCAUGAUGAAAUUUGAAUUAAUCUUGUUACAGAGACAGCUUCUUAUAUCCUUGAACCCUUAUCCAUGUUUUAUCUUUAUCUCUUGGGCUGGGGCUGAAGCUGGGGUAGUCAAAGAUCAGGUGAUUCCAGUAAAUUCACUAACUACUGUCUUAUAUCUGCUUGCCUUGUUUUUUCGAAGUCCUUCAAAAACUUGUAUAUUCAAGAAUUAUAUAAAUAAAUAAAUAAAAACAUUUGGAUGAGAGUCAAAUAUUGUACUGCCAUCAGUACGGUUUUCUGAAAAAAAAAAAAACAAAAGAAAAAAAAAGUCAGCAGAAAUGGGGGGCCUCAGGGUUCAUUCCUUGGACCUCUUUGGUUUUUCAUACACAUUAACAAUCAAUCCAAGCAAAAUAUGCAUUAGCUUAUUUUUUGUCUUGCUGUGUUGUCGCUUUACAUAAACAUUUUUUACACUAGCUCACAAAGCAAAUGAAGAACGAUCAUCCAUUUCCAAAUGGUUUCAGACUGACACACUCUCGCUCAAUGCAAAUAAAUCUAAUUUCACAAAACUUUGUAACAAAAUAAAUGUAUGCAAAAGAUAAAGACAAGAUAUUCAUAGACAAAAUAGAAGUAUCUCAAGUCCAUUCCAUCACAUUCUUAGUAGUUAUAGUAGUUAAAAAACUAGCCGGGAAGAAUCAAAUUGAAUAUGUGUUCGAAAAGACCAUGACAAGCACAACACUGAGAAGGUUAAACCCUCUUCUGGUUUGAAACAUUUCCAUCUCUUUGUCUUCUGACCUCUUCUACAUCAAACGUUCACUUCUUCCAGGGUGUGUGAAUCUAGCAGUAUCAUGAUCGUCACCCUCUGGUCCUGUAUACUGUUGCACAGUCUCUGCAGAGUCACUACAGGUUAUUUCUGCUCCGUCUCUUGUGAGGUGAGAGGGCCAGCAGAGUCACAAAGGCCAUCUUUCAUUAGUUCAUACAGGGUUCCCAAACCACACAGUUAAUCAGUGCAGCCACUGCAUACCUGUCUCUGACUCCUUCCUCCACACCUAAGAGUCAGUCCUUCCUCCUCUGCCCCCUACGCCCUCCCUCCGUCUAUCAUCUGUCUACAGCCUCAGUCAGCAGUCCCCACGUCCUGCCAAAGCUAUAGGCCUCUGAUUCAUUAAUGCUAUCAUAAUUGAACUGUCAUGGCUUUAGAAGCGCUGUAAAAUGAAGGCAAAUCUCAAUUAGACAAGCAUGUUAACUUAUAUUGCUUCCAUCCUAAUCUCAUUAUGUAUCUUGUUUCUUUGUAUCUCAUACCAUCAAUAUUUCAAUGAAAGAGAUAAUUGCAUGAAAAAGGAGAAUAUUGCAUUAUACAAAGUGAUAAACUAUCAACCAAUUAACUAAAAAAAAAGAACAUGAUGAUCUCUGUUUUUGACUGAGAUCUAAAUGAGCAGUUUUUCUACUAAAAGAACAAAUAAAAUUGGACUCAUUACCCACAUCAGACCAAAGAGAGUCAGUUUCGGCUUAGUGGUAAUCAGCUCGGCCGCUGCUUUAAUUGUUCUGGAGUGAUCAAAUGGGAAUGAGUGUAAGCAUUAUCAGAAGAGGGAGAGGGGAGUGUGGUGCUGCCUGUCUUCCCAUCUCAGGUCUUUAGCAUAGAGAAUAUUUUAAUCCAGCCUGACAAGACUGGGAUCUGCUUAAUCCUAUUACAGGCUUGCAAAUUAAACUACAGUAGACCCACACUUCUCCGCCUGUUCUCUUUGAGUGAGAAGGGAGCAGAUGGUGCCAGCUCAAGAACCCAAGUGCAGUGAACUUGAAUGGCUGCAUUUGGACCCCAACCCUUUACCAAACAACACAACAAAACCAGUAAAAAAGGAACUUGUCAACAUGGUUUCUUUUAAGAGGUAAAAACUGCUUAUCUCCAAUGCUCUUAAAACUCAAUAAAGCAAUCCCAGGUCAAAAAACCAACAUUUUUCACUGGUAGGUGAGGUGGCUUUAAGACAUGCAGCUACUGGCACUCAUACAAUAGACACUGCAUUGUUGACAAUUUCCUUGUCCUUCAGGAUGAUGGGAGUGUACUUUAUCCGUCUCUUUUGUGUCCUCUCUUUUUUCUCUUCCAAAGAAACGGCUCGAACAAUGAUUUGCAGUAGGAUGUGGGUGCGCACUCAAGCGUUCACCUUAUACAAAUGCAAAAAAACAGCAAUUUGCUGUCAUUCCUUUUGUGUUGCAUGAUGGGUCAUUUGAUCUGUGAUUACGUUUUGUGAUUUCUUUUUACCCAGCCUUAGUCAAAGGUUUAUUUCCCAUGUUGUUUACCUUCCAAGGAUCUGAAGAAUCAAGCACUCCUAUGUCCAGAGGAAGCAAGAAGCUUUGAUUAAAGACUAAAAAUGCUCACAUGCACCACUGUAUCUAUCCACACCACCACUUUUUCCAAUAACAUAGACUAAGUCACAAAAAAGACAAAGUCAGAGAGAGCUCUUUAUCGUCACAAGGAUUGCUCAGUCAUAGGUUUUCUGUCCCAGCCCUGGUUAAGUAAGGUUAGGGUUCAUGUUGGCCUUCCCACAGUGAGCAGCUUUUAACCUCAUGCCAGCUACAUCAAUCUCAGGCUGGUGUGAUCACUGCUGAAAGGGGUGGGGAUUAAGAACAGCCUGUGGUCUGUAAAUCAGGCAAGCUUUGGAGGGCCCCUCUUGUGUGCACCAUAUAGGCAAAAUAGGCCCCAUACCUUUGACUACAAUGUAGACAUCAGCACUCGUGGUGAUCCUGAGAGCCCAAGAGCAGACCUCCCAUAACCAUAUGUCUGAGCUAGUCCCCAAUAAAAGUGCAACAAAGAGAACAGAUGAAUGAAAUCAUGACUCAAAUGAUCAAGCACAGUCUAAACAAAGUGUAAUCCAUCUGAGGUUGUGCAAGAGAAAAGAUCUGUUCAAGCACAAUAGAACAAUGAGAACUGAGUGUCAUAUGGGAAUUGUAAGCCCACUCUCCUCCUCCUAACAAGUCCAAUCUUACCAAUAAAGCACAAGCCAAUUAGCACCAAGCCCUUACCUUUUUAUUUUAAUCUGCACUAAGCUACAUAAAUCACCAUGUCUGGGAAAGACGGAGGCAAAUAAAUGCCUGGGGCAUUUGUGUUUGACAGAUAAGUCUCACACACAAACCUUUGGUCAGAAGCUAAUUCAGUGGGCCUUGUAGUGAUUGUGUAGGGCUCAUGUAGAUUGGUUAAUGGCACACUCAGGUUUCUGAGCUUGUUCACAGUGCUGCAAAGGGUUGGAUAAGGGUCACAAGUGAGUCAGAAAAGACUAUUUUUCAGUCCCAGAUGCAGUUUAUAAUGUAUGAGAGGAAUGGUUGAGAGGUUUAGAGUUGGGGGUUCAACUAACGACUAUUUUAAUAGUCGACUAGUCAGAUAAUUAUGAAAUUUUUCUCAAAUUCAACAUAAGGUUGCUUUAAUUAAGUGGCAGUGAUGAUAAACAUAGGAAUUAUGGGUACUUCAAUGAAAAAUGCAUAUUUUAUUCAACUUUGCUCCUAAUCUGCUCGUUCAGACAUGCGGGGUGCAUGUCUGCUUCUUUUGCAGUAAGGGGUCCAUGGUGGCUCUCUUCUUCGAACAGCAUGCAUGCAGAUAAUUUGAAUUACUUAGGUAAGGUGUAACAUUAAAGUUCUCUUUUAAAGCCAAAAUACGCUUAUGAAAUGAACAUUCAAGGCAAUAUGUUUUGUUAUAGUGAUGCUUGUUAUGAAGCUAAUAUCUUACUGAUGCGAGUCUAACUGUUCAUCCAACAUUCCGACGUGCCUUCUCCUCAAAUGUUUGUGCAUCACUGGCAUGCUGCCAUGGUACGCAAGGUCUGCUUUGUAAACUUUGCAAGUUUAUUUUCUUUCCCACCUUAUCUCGGCUAAAGUGCUCCCAAACUUUUGAGGUUUUUAAGUGCAUACUCGUAGCUGCUGUAUGGGACGCCGCCAUGUUUGAAUACCCUACCGCUCAGCAUAGACGCUAUUGCGCAUGUGUGACUCUAGGCAGACAUCGUAAAAAAGUAAAAUGCCUCAUUCCACUGGGAAAAAAAAACAACAUCUGGCAACAAUAGUCGACAAUGGAAUUAUUGUCGACUUUUUUCAAUAUUGAUUUUUGUCGACAGCAUUGACUAAUCUUUGCAGCCCUAUUCAGAGUGCAGGGUUUUCUGAAACACACUAAAUAAAUGUAAAUGUCUCAUGUUCCUCUGUUUUAUCCGAUGAACAGGAAAUUUGCUGCCGUCUGUCAAGUUUUGGGUUUAAAAAACAACAGUAAUUCAAAACAAUUAGAAUAGACAAUGUGCGUUUGUAUAAAAGUUGAGUAUCUAAUAGCUGCUUCACAGCUCAUGCCUCAGUUGCUGCUGCUUAGUAAUGCCUAUUCCGUUUUGUUAGAGUAUUUAAAACCGUAACUUUAUUAGUAUAAUGCUUCUUAUAUGUUCCACCAGCUCUGUUUUACACUAACACCAGCGCAGCUCUCUGUAGACCAACAACCUGAGGAUUGCGCUUUAAUAUUUUCCUGCAAUUUUCUUUUUGUUAUUGCGUUGUCUUUGCUGUUGAGCUAAUUACUCCAGCAUGGCCUACUGAGUUGGGUCACAGCCAACACCAGCAAAACUAAUUAAGUGACACCCGAGAGCAUUUAUAGAACAGUGCUGCAGACGCUCUAAUUCUGUUACAUUGCUCUUUUUAGUCCUCUUUGUUCUGCACUCUGGGCUGAUCAUGUGCUCGUUAGGGUCCAAACUGUGGUCUGUUAGCUGGAAAAUGAUCCUGUGCUUUAUUCUCUGCAGCUUGUCAGUGUGUGAGUGCAAACAACUUACUUUGCCUGACUGUUAAUAUGUAUGCUAUUGAUGCUGCAAAGCCCUCAGGCAGUUUGUGCUUCUAUAUUAGAUAAAUAUUUCCCUGCAUUGUUUGUUUUUUGAAGUGCUUGUUAUCAGUGUAAUACAGGCACAGGUCAAACUAUUAUGAUGAAGCCGGCUGAGCUUUAUCUGAAAUUUGAUGGGGUUUUGAUUUUCAUCUCUGCUUGGGUUUUAAAUAAAUGCUUUUUCUUCUAGUACUAAACAUCUGCUAUGCAUUAAUAAAUCCAAAGGCCCCUGCUUUGUUUAUUUCUUUAUUUCCACAGUUCCAUUAACAGUACACCCCCCUGCUACACACUCACUCAGACUUCAAACUACAAAACAAUUUGGAUCUCAGGGGAAAGAACAGGAGCUUUUAAUGUGAAUAUUUCUUUGUCAGAGCAGAAAUUGAACCAGCAGAGUCCCUGUUGAUGCAAAUGAAAAUGUGCGAUGCGCCUGGUUAUGCCUGGCUGAGCAGAGUGCAGUCAGGCUUCUAGUCACGGGGGAUUUGUUGUGUUUGGGGUUUGCCUCUCUGUCUGCCUGUGUGUGUGGGUGGAUUCAUGGGGCCUUUUCUGCCUGUGUUUCCUUUGCAGGUAUUGCGUCUUUGGUGCGCCAGAGAAAUGAACUGAGAAGGAAGAAGAAACCACCCAUUUCUCAAGGAUGUCCAAGAUUUACUGUGAAACCAUGAGGUUGCAAACCAGCCCGGGAUUCAUCCCUGCGCUAUUCUUCAUCACCUGUUUUUGUGCCUUCGACAUGAAUGCAGCUUUUGACAUCCCACUUGAGGGUGAGUCUUGACUUAUUUUAUGGGUGGCUGUGAGGGGACUGCUAAAUUAAACGUCAGCUGUUGCUAUUUUAUCAAACAAAUUAAGCUUUUAUUGAUAAAACAAUGAUGCACUGCAAAUAUCCAUGUUUGUUUCCUUAGAACUAUGAGAGAAACAAAAUAUGUGUCAGAGAAGUCCUGAACCUAAAAAAAAGGCAUCUUAAAAAGUCUUAAAAUGGUUAUUGUGUAACAUUUAAGUAACAGAUCUCAUAUUAAAAGGUUUAUAAUUUCCGUGAGGGAACCUUCCCAAAAGGAUCAAUAAAGUUUUAUCGAAUUUAAUCCAUAGACUGUAUAUGCUAUGGACAACUUGGUUCCGCCUUCCGUCGUUUGACGAAUUUGAAGCCGAAUUGCCCUCAGUAUUUCCGGGAUUUUCUCCACUUCCUGGAACCACCACUUGCGCUGUAGCAUUUGGUGGGAGAGUUCCCUAAUAACUUUUAAAAAUGGAGCUGUACAGAAAAAAGAGGACUUGAGCAAAAACCAGUCUUACUGUAACUGCAUGGCAACAUCGCAACCAGGGAGGAGAAAAAAAUUAUAUUCUGUGUGAUAGAUUUCUCAAGUUUGUCCACAGCUCCAUAGGGAUUGCUGGAGGAGGCAGGAUUUAUGACCUAUACUGCAGCCCGUCACCAGAGGGUGCUGUUAUGGCUAUGGCUUCACCCAGCGUGGAGGCAGACGGUGUCCACUCUAUAUACAGUCUAUGAUUUAAUCUAAUUUGAGAAUAUGCAAUAGUGCACACUAAAUCCCCUCAAAUUUGACUCUACAGAAAUCUGAAAACUAGUGAGUGUAAGGAGAUAUUUAAUAUUUUAAAUAUAAAGUUUUUAGUUAAUUAAAGUUUUAGUCUGGUAUUAAAAGUAUAAAAGAAUAAAUGAAGAUUUGUUCCACUGAAUAGGUUGAAUUUGAUAAAAUUGACACUUUCAUAUAAAAAGGCUUCUAGUUAUUGAUGCUCACAUUGUACUUGUUUUGACUUGAAGUGCUCUUCUUUGACAGAAAGGGUUGAAAUAUUUAAAAGUGAAUUAAUCACACCAUGGGAAAGUGUUACAAUCAUCAAGCUCUCUGUGAAUGAAUACAUUUGCAGCCAUUAACUUGUUUGUAUCACAAUUCUUGUUUCUUUUGUCUUGGCUCAGCAUGUACCCUAGUUUCCUGGGAAACACAUAUCAAACCUGUAAAUUAUUCAUAUAAGUUCCUUAAGGGUUUGAUAAAAAAAAAAGUUCAAACAGGUUUUCUGAAAAGACAAAAGCAUCUUGGUCUCCAGAUGUCAGAAUAGCUUUAUUAUUCAGUUUUCUGUUUUGCAUUACUCUUGUGUGUUUAAAAGGGUUUACUUAGAGGAUGCUUGUGAUGUGAAGGAGAAUUCCCAAACUGCUGACUGCUUUUGUUGUGUUUAUUUCCCCCUGGCUUCCGUGGAUUUUAUAGUUUUAGGUCAUGUAAACAGUAAGUUCACUCUGACACUCUGUAGCUGGUAUUAGUCACAUCCUCAGCUCCCUUCUGCUAAUCUCUUGGCUCACUGUUGAGCAAAGAACAGCUUUACUACGCACAUAUGUGACUCUCAUCUGUCAUCACCCACCAAUACAUAAUGCUAGUCGUAUUCAAGUUCAGUGUCCAAUGGCAUUUUUUUCAUUGUCUCUUACACUCUGUCACGCAGCACCAUUAAAGGGAUAUUCCAGCUAAAUUUAAGUUAUGGUCAAAUCCACCGUAACACCGAGUUAAAUACCCCCUUGAGAGAUGAAUGAUGCCGACUGCUUGCUUCUCUAGUUAUACCAACUUUAGUAACAACCACAUGAUAGCAAUACGCAGCGGUCUACGUCUCCACAUGCAAACCUCAACCAAAAAGCCACUCUGUAGCCACCAAUAAUGCUCAGAACAGCACCUAACUUCAUCAACAGUACAUAUAGGGUCCCAGCCAUAGUACUAGCCAUCAAACAUCUUUUUAGCUUUGCCUGGUUUCGAGGACCCAUGCUCCUCCAGCAGCCCCUAGUUUGUGGGGGAGCCCUGACAAGUCGAUUACCGAGUGCAGUGGAGUUUCGCAGCUUAAGGAAGAACAUUUAAGAUUAUUACUUCAUGGAAAUGCAAUCAGAUCAAGAUGCUAAGGCAGAAGAACUACCACGUCUGCAGUGCAAAGUGAUUAUUAUGAUGAUUAUCACUUAAUGGAAAUGUUUCGCUGCACUCGGUGAUCGACUUGUCAGGCCUCCCUCUAAAGAAGCAAGCAGUCAGCAACAUUCAUCUCUCGCAGGGGUGUCUAACUCCCCCAUGUAUUUGACCACAACUAAAAUUUUACACCGGAAUAUCCCUUUAAUAGAUAACCUGUUGUGUUUUCUCUGUGUCACAUCUCUCAUAAUACAUCAAAUAUGAAUGAAUGCUAAAAUAGAAGAAGUUUCAUGCGAUGACUGAUUAGUGAAAUACAUCCGUGCCAUUGAUGUAAACCUAUUGAUUCAUGGCAAACUGUGUUUUGGGAUAGAAUUCUGCUUCUAGAGUCGUACCAUCAUGGAUAUCACAGGUCACGUGGUUCUGAAUCUGAGAGCAAAGACCUUUAAAUAUGUCUCCAAAUGAAUGUUUAAAAUGAUAGGAGCAAUCAACGGAAGAAGAAUAUUUGAAGUCAGACAAAUUUAUAUUCAUUUUACAUUUUUUUCUUAGCUCAGUGUUCCUGAAACUCUAAAAACAAACCGUGUAUUGUGAGUAUAAUCCAUCUGGUGUUGGCAUGUAAGGGGUCACUGAACAAACAGGUUGGGAACCACUGACUUAGCACCAUGUUCACGAUGAGGUCAUUAGUAAUAACGGGCUUGUGUUGUUUCUCACAUUUUCAUGCCUGUGUGUUUAUUUGUUUGUUGCCCAGUUGAGCAGCUGCCCACCAUCACAGCUCAGUCACCCAGCUCUCUCAUCGCCUUCCCUUUUGACGAGAGCUUCCCCAUGGUGUGUGAAGCCAAAGGGAAUCCUGAGCCAGAGUGAGUACCAAGCUGGGCAUCCUUCAGACGGCAUGAUGAGAGAUGUUUCAGCAGUUAGACAAUAACACGCCGAUAACACACAACAUUGACAACUAUCAUGUUAACCUGGUGCAUUCGGUUGACCGUCGGAAAAGUGAGCAUGCUGAAAAUGUAGUUGUAGGACUUGAUAAUUCAACACUGGUUUUCUUUAUGUAGAUUCAAAUGGAUGAAGAAUGGCCAGGAAUUCGACCCCUCUUUAGACCCCCGGCUGAUGAAAGAGGGUAAUUCUGGGACCUUUGUGAUACCCAAUAAUGGGAACCUUACAGAGUACCAGGGAUUCUACCGCUGUUACGCCUCAAACAAACUGGGGACUGCCAUAUCCAAGAAGAUUGAGUUCAUUGUGCCCCGUAAGUAACAGUGUGUGUGUGUCUGUCUGCGUCUGUGGGCUUGGGUUUGUGGUGCUGUGUUACAGUGCUUUCAGACUAAGUCAGGGCCAGCAGUCUUGGGUAAUGACUGAAUCUCUCCAUUGUGAGCCAUUCAUUGUAUUGGAUGUGGCAGAAAGUCAUUGAGGCUCCUGAACACCCCACCCCUCACGGUAUCUCAUCUGUACCUCUGUAAUGGGGAAAGCAUUGAUUGAAUUCCGUUUCUCUGUCAAUUUUUGGCUACAUUUUUCAUUUUGCUCACAAACUCAGUCAUGAAUUCUCAAAGGUGCCUUCACCUUUAUAUGGCUUGAAGCACGCCACUCAAUAUGAUAUAUUUGUCGAUUCAUUUCUUUUUGUAGUUUGUUUCUUUGGUCCUAAAACUGAGAAAGAAAUCCACAGAAUCUCCUGAGCUCAGAGGAACAAGCCUCCUGCUCAAGUGAAGAAUGAUAUUACUGCCAUCUUAUGGACAUUGAGGGAACUGAACGCUGCUCGGUUCAAGUAUAUUAUAGAAAGCAUGACUUAAUCAUUUGAUGUUCUGUCUUUCUUCUAGACGUCCCAAAGUUUCCCAAAGAGACACUCGACCCUGUAGUGGUGGAGGAAGGCCGGCCUUUUGUUUUGAAGUGCGAGCCACCUAAAGGGAUACCUCCGCUGCAGAUCUACUGGAUGACUAUCAGUGAGUGAACCCAGUAAACUAAAAGAAAAAGAGUUUAGAAACUGUUUAAAUAUUUACUUUUAUAGAUCUGUUGUUGAUACUUUAUUUCAUUCUGUUAGUAUAUGAGGAAAAUUCUCAAACAUGUGAAUGAAAAGGAGCAGAAAGAAGAAAAAUCGUAUAGAGUCUGCCCCUCUUUCAUAAGAUAUUGAUCAACUAAACACAUAAAAAAUAAACAAGAGCUGCAGGCAAAUAUGUCUUUUUACAGUUCAUUAUUUCUUAUUUUCAAAGAAAACACAACAUUAAUUCACAUUUUUCCACAAAACAAACAAACCAAGACUAAGAUGAACAUUUUUCCCUGUAUUUGCUUAAGAUACUGGCUUUGACUCUUUUUUUGAAGAUAAAAUUUGAUUUAGCUUCUUUAGUUUCUUUGUACAGAUUGUUCCACAAACUGAUUUCUCUCGCUGUGACACAGCACUCCUUCAGUUUAGUUCUGAAUCUUGGCUUUUUAAAAAUUUCAAAUCCUUGUAAAUUAUAACAACUUUCUCUUUUUUCCAUGCGGCCCUGCAUGUUCAUUUGUAAAAUUUCCGUAUGAGCUUAUACAUAAUCUGCAAAAAACUGAAAUCUAUCAACUCAUUGAAUUUCAGCAACUGCAAUUUAACAAUUAAUGGGUUUGAAGGAUCUCUGCGUUCAUCAUUCAUUUGUUAUUACCAUGUGCUCUUGCAUUUUGGUUUAUUAGGAAAGCUAUGUUUGUUCAAUACUUCCUUCCUGCCUCAUGAUUAAAAUGAUUCAUGCAUGUCUGGGUAAUAAAAAAAGACUAAAAAUACAAAAUGACAUCUAACAUGAAAUCACUGUCCCCUGUGUUCAGGUCUUCAGCACAUCGAGCAGGAUGAGAGGGUAUCGAUGGGCUUAAAUGGAGACCUUUACUUCUCUCACGCAGUGGAAAAGGACAGCAGAAGAGACUACUGCUGUUUCGCUGCCUUCCCCAGAAUAAGAACUAUUGUUCAGAAGACUGCUAUGUCCGUAAUUGUCAAGACAAGUAGGUGUCAUUUCUUGUCUUAUUUAUUGCUUCACUUCAAAGACCACGCAGGUGUCCCCAUGCCCUCUCAAAGGGCACCCACUCGUGUUUUUGUUUUUUGCUUCUGUUUUUCUUCAUGUUCUCAUGCUUCAUUUUCAUGCUUUUGUUUUUUUGUCUCAUCCAUCUCCAUUUCAGAAAAAAGUGACAUGAGUCCUGACACUGGUAAGUUCAAUAUUUGUGGAAUAAAACACAUCAUUAUGCAUCAAUUCUGAUGUGAUUUCUCUGCUGUUUCUCUGAAGCUAAUGCAAUCCCAGAGAGACGCCCUUCUCUUCUGACGCCCUCUGGUGUCAAAUCAGAGGUACAGCUAAUCAAAGGAGAGGAUUUGAAGUUGGAGUGCAUUGCUGAGGGACUGUAAGUACUACCUCCUAUUUAAUUAACUGAGUGUCUGGCAGACUUUAGAAGUUUUUACCCUUAAAUAAACCAGAAAUGCUUUUAAAAGUUAUUUAAAUGUAACAGUUUUAGAUGUCAUUUGUAUUUGAUUUAUCUGAAUUAGCUAAAAAUUAAAAAUGUCAUCACAUUUUUGUGUGACAUCUUUUAUGAAGCAUAGACCUCAUCCAACUUUGUGUCCUUUUUUCUGCUAGUCCAACUCCACAGGUUGAGUGGGUGAAGAUUGGCGGUCAACUCUCUGUUAACGCAAAAAUGGAGAAUCAUGGGAAACUGCUGGUUGUGCAGCAAGUUGAACAGGAAGACGGUGGGAAGUACAUGUGCAAGGCAAAGAACCCUCUUGGAGAAGCUGUACAUUACUUCACAGUGACUGUAGAGGGUAAUUGUGACAUGCUGUAAAUAUGCAUGCUGUCUGAGUGUGGCAUGAAGGGCUAAAUGUAACAGUUGUAUAAGAACUCUUUGAGAAGACUGGAGAAAGGACUUUAAAUGUACAUCCCAUUUAGGAUGAUGAUGGAGGAAGAACUGAGUAACUGUGCCCAUUUCAUUUAUAUACUUAGUGGUUUCUCAACAAUGACACUCGAGGCUUUGAUAACAUGCAUGAAAAAGUAGGCUGUGUCUUUUUCCAGGACUUCCAGAGUGGGUGUCUGAGCCUGAGAGCCAGCUGUACAUGAUUGGCUCAGAUGUGCUCAUCAAGUGUUCAGCCAGUGGGACUCCUCAGCCGACUAUAACAUGGAGAGUGAAUGGUGAACCACUACAGGGUCAGUCUUAGAGCAGCCCUCCCUCAUACUCUCUUCACUUUAUAAUAUCUUUCUUUUGCAGGAUAGUUUUGACCACACAGCGAUUCAAAGUAAACAAAGGUCUUGACUUUUUUUUUUUUUUGUCCUGCAGCAAAUGUUUUAAAUCAUCAUACACAAGUAGUUUUAGAUUCUUUUGUCAUCACACUUUACCAAUAUGCAGCAGUAGAAACAUGAAAAUUCAUUUAAAGGGAUAUUCCGGCGUAAAUUUAAGCUAUGGUCAAACACACCGUAACACUAAGUAACACCCCCUGGAGUGAUGAAUGUUGCUGACUGCUUACUUCUCAAGUUAUACCAACUUUACUGCAUAAUAGUAAUACACAGCGGUCUACAUCUCUGCGUACAAACCUCAACCAAAAAGCCACUCUAUAGCCACAAAUAAUGCUCAGAACAGCACCUAACUUCAUCAACAGUACAUAUAGGGUCCCAACCAUACCAGUCAUCAAACAUCUUUUUAGCUUUGCCUGGUUUCGAAGAGACCAAACACAACUCACCCACUCUCCUCCAGCAGCCGCUUGUUUGUGGGGGAGCCCUGACGAGUUGAUCACAGACUGCAGCGGAGUUUCGCAGCUCAACGAAGAACAUUUAUGACUAUUAAUUCAUGGAAAUGCAAUCAGACCCAGACACUAAGGCAGAAGACCUACAGCGUCUGCAGAAGCAAAAUGAUUAUUACAUUAUCAUUACCUAAUGGAAAUGUUCUUCCUUGAGCUGCUGAACUCCUCUGCAGUCUGUGAUUGACUCUUUAGGGCUGCUGGAGGAGAGUGGAUCAGUUCUGUUUAGUCUCUUUGCUAAAGAAAUCAGGCAAAGCUAAAAAGAUGUUUGAUGGCUGGUAUGGCUGGGACCCUAUAUGUACUGUUGAUGAAGUUAGGUGCGGUUAGAGCAUUAUUUGUGGCUAUAGAGUGGCUUUUUGGUUGAGGUUUGUGCGCAGAGAUGUAGACCGCUGUGUAUUGCUAUUGUGCGGUAAAGUUGGUAUAACUAGAGAAGCAAGCAGUCAGCAACAUUCAUCACUCCAGGGGGUGUCUGACUCGGUGUUACAGUGUGUUUGACCAUAACUUAAAUUUACGCCAGAAUAUCCCUAUUAUACAGUGUUGUACUACUAACAGAUUCUUCUUUUCAAAGCUUGUGCACUGAACUAACCAACUGUAUAUGCCUUCCAUACAGGGGUCCCUGCUGCCAACAGAAAGGUGUUGGAUAAUACCAUAGUUAUACAUAAUGCCAAAGCAUCUGACAGUGCAGUCUAUCAGUGUGAGGCAUCCAACAGACAUGGGACCCUUCUGUCCAAUACAAACAUCAUGAUCAUGAGUGAGUAAGAAGCUUUUACUCAACACUUUUCACCUCUUCUUUAUUCUCACCAAAUUCCUAAAAAGCACCACUCUGAGUUUUCUUAUGGAAAGCAUAUGUUUCACAGCAUUUGUCAGUAAGUUUCAGACUUGCAUCAAGUGUUUUAGUAAAUACUGGCAGAUGUGACAAGCUAGACAGCUAGUGCUGGUGUGUGCACAAAGCAGAGGGAGGCUCUUAGGAGGAGGACUCUACAAAGUUUGGGAAAACAGUUCUGCCUGUGGAGCAGUAACCUCAGCUCUCUGGUAUUUUUGUGUGUAAAGUCCAUACAGAUUUCAGUGCCAUGAGACAAACAUGUGCUGCUUUACAAGAGCAGAUAAAAAAAUGAAAGAACAGAAAGUGGAUUUCAUCUCUUUGAGCAAAAGUUGGAGAUUGUUCUCAGUGACACAGGAGUUAAUAAAGCUGGACAGGCUCUGAAUGCUAAGUCCCAGCUGCUGCCUUUGUAAACAAUUAGGAGAGACAAGCCGUUUUAAUGAGAAGCUUUGGCUAAAACUGAUAAGCUACACGCACGCGCUUAACGCAUUAGUCUAUUGUCUUCCUUUUUUAUUUUCAUUUUUACGUUGACUCAUUUUGAAAAUAUGACAGCUGAAUUAUGUUUUUAAAAAAAAGUAAGUGCACGGAGAAGUCAACAGUGUGGUUUGCUCAAUUAUUCUACGUUCUUCAUCCUGUUCCUGUUUUACGAUUUUAUAAAUGCUGGUUACAAAUGUAGACCCCUGGUCAUGUUCUGCUCCAUGGUCUUUACAGAUCUGCCCCCCUUCAUUUUGACAAAGGACGGGGAGGAGUACUCUGCUGUGGAAGGAAAGGGAGUGAUGAUGCACUGCGAGGUCUUCAGCUCCCCUCCCUCUACCAUCACUUGGUAAGUGUGCAGAUUUUCUAGUCUUCCAGACACCAGCAGAGAGCAGUAGACCUCAGCUAGUCCGUACAGACUCUCCCGCUCUAUCACAGUAACACACACAGAACCCUUCCUCCACUACACUGUGGACUGACACUGCUAAACUGACACUGUCUGUAUGUUUAGACUGACUCUAGAGAACAUGAGAAGUUAAUGGUGUCUGCUGAAAAUAUGUGUAGGAGCAGAGACGACUCCUCUGAAUCAGUGGAGGGACCCAGAUUCUCUAUCCAUGACAAUGGCUCGCUGGAAAUCCUCAGUGUGGAGAGGGAUGACAUCGGGCAGUACACAUGUGUAGCUAAAAACAUCGAAGGAUUGACUGCUAUCGAAGCCAUGCUGUAUGUGAAAGGUAAUCGGUUUUUGCUGUAAAACUUUUUUCAGUCGCUUCCAGUCCUUGAACUAUAUCUAAUACAUUUGUGCCUCUGCAAGAUCCCACUAGAAUAGUCGUGCCCCCGGAGGACCUGCAGAUCUUAAUAGGUACCACAGCCCAACUCUCAUGCCUGGCAGAGUAUGACAAGUCCUUCAGCAACGACUUUGAGCUCCUAUGGGAAAAAGAUGAUAUGGAGGUAGCCCUCAACUACACUGAGAAUUCAAGGUACCAAGUUCUUUCUUUUUUUCUUUUUAUACGACGUAGUUUUACUUUUCAGGUUGAUCAAUCAAUGGCGUGUCUCUCUUCUGUCAACAGAUACUUUAUCGAGGAUGGUAUCCUUCAGAUUAUCAAUGUAAGCCAUAUGGACAAGGGGGUGUACACAUGUGUGGCAAGAACUCCAGUAGACCAACAGAAAGCCUCAGUGACGCUCACUGUGUUAGGUGAGCAUACUUAUGAUUAAUAUUUGUGCUCUGGGCCAAAAGAUCAGUGACCUGCUGCGCUUUAUUCAUGUAUGAAACAUUCAGACUAGUCAGUAUGGGAGAGCACCACAAGAGAUCAUGACCAGUCAGGCUUUACUGUCCACAGCUCAUAUAGUGUUGCAGCCAUCCUUUCACAUCCUCUAGCACAGGGUUGAUUUGAUUGAUUCUUUGUUCUCAUGAGCUUUUCUGCUGCUGAGAUUGAUGUUUCUGUGAUUUCAUUAUAAAGCCAUGUUGCUUUAAUGGUUUUCAGAUGUCCCUGAUGCACCCGAGUACUUGGUACUGUCUGAUCACAAGAGUAAAAGUGUGAAACUGAAGUGGAUCCCCGGUGACGAUCACAACAGCUCAACAACAGGCAAGUGAAUCAUACGUUUGAGUAGGUGUCAGUACAUAGAGUACGGUACAUCAUUGGACACAUUUUCCUCAUCAUUCUGCCCAUGAAUAGAUUUUUUUUCAGUACCACCUUGUGAGACUAUUGUUGGUUUAUUCAAGCAUGAAUUACGGCCUUUAAUUUACAAGCACAGAUAAGGGUUUGAGGAGUUUGACGCACGGUUGUGGUUAGAUAAGCAAUCAUCUGGUGAGGAGCUGCUCCAAUUAUCUUCUGCCAAUCAACAGAGUUCAUCAUCGAGUACGAGGAGAGCCAGUGGGAGCCAGGUAACUGGAAAGAGCUGCUCCGAGUGCCUGGGAACCAUAACCUGGCUGUACUUAAACUCCACGGCCAUGUUGACUAUCGCUUCCGGGUGUCUGCUGUUAAUGCCAUCGGAAGGGGGCUUCCCAGCAAGCCCACAGAGAGAUACAAAACCCCCGCAGCAGGUCUGUAGAUCCCGUUUCUGUCAUUGUUUAUUCUAGUUUUUGAUAACUUUUGCCAGGCCACUUAAACGGCUAACACUGUGAACCACAAGCACUCAGACCUGCGUAAUAAUUGACUAAAAAGUUUUGUUGAAAAUCUGCUUUCCUUUACUAAAAAAAACUGACUAAAUCUUUAAAAAAAAUUUUUUCUGCAGCUCCUGACAAGAACCCUGAAAAUAUCAAAAUCGAGGGUCAUUUACCACAUGAAAUGAAUAUCAACUGGGAGGUAUGAGAUGGGAUUUAUUCUUUUUUUAUCUUAAAAUGAAAACUCUGUUAUGCUGGUUACCUUGUCUUUUAUGUGAGUUAUUCACAUUUGGGAGUACAAGAAACUGUCUGAGAGUGCAUAGGGGAAGUCUUAUCGCUGCUCCAGAGGCCCUUAUAAUGGAGGUUGAGGAAUAAAAAUGGCUCAUUAAUUUCAUUCAGUGACUCAAUUCUUCAGAUUCAAUUUUUCAGGACAUCUGUCUAAGCUUCCACUGAACUUCUUCCGUACUUUUUCCUUGAUUAGAAAGAAACUGGAGAUAAAAGAGGGGAUUUUUCUUUAGGAGCAUAAAGUUAUAUAUCAUGUCGACAGAUAUAGCUCUCUGUCACACAGGUGGCCCUGUCAUGGCAGCGUAUGCCCUUAAAUUCAGGAUUCAUGAGCUUUUUUAAGACUGGUAUCUACCUCUUCGUUGAGAAGAGUAAUCUGUUUAACUAUAGAGUCCCGAAAGCUCUCUAAGGGAAGAGCCAUGCUGCUAGAUGAAGUUGUUGUGUAACACUUAUGCAGUUUUGGAGAAAACAACACCCUAUCUCCAAAGCUGUCUUUUCUGGAGUUUGUUUUCAGCAAAGAACAGAUUCUGAAGAAUGUCAGGAGCUCUCUUACACCAAUAAGUGGAGAUAUGUCUCUGUAAAAUCAAGUGAUGUUGUGUUUUCCUUCAUUUAGCACCAACAAAUUAGUACUAGGUGUUGCAUACAUACAUUAUUUUGACGCGAUCGACUUUUGUGUUAACCGUACAUUUUUUAAAUGAAACUUCAAAAUGUAAAAAAAAAAAAAAUAUGAAUUUGAGUAAAUGAAAGAAAUCACAGUCAACUUGAUUGGCCUCAUAUGUCGCCCUUCAAGAAUGAUUGAUAUCUAGAGGUGGGCGAUAUGGGCAAAAAAAAAAUUAUCACAAUUUUUCCAUUCUGGCGAUGACAAUUAAAGUCCUGAUAAAAACGAUUAAAAUUCCAAGUUUUUUAAUCAUUCUGUCUCUAGGACACCAGCUGGCGUAGUCAAAUAAGAUAUUUAACCACAAGUUUAAGGGGUAGGUUAUAGAGAAAGCUAAUAAAAUGUGUUAACACUUUAAAUAUUUAUUGAAAACUCUUAUUGCGCAGAGUGAACAGCAGCAGGUCUACUGUCUGAUGUUAGACAUACCUGAUUGCACUCAUCUAAGCCCCAAUCUUAAAGAAAAUCCCUCAUGUAGAGCCUCGUUCAGUAGCGAGCUGCCCAGAAACGUCCUCUUCAUUACCUUCAGCCAUGUUCGUUUGUUAUUCUGAUCUGUGUGGGCUAUGGCUGCAAGUCUGUCACAACUUGCAUUUAUCGCGUUUAUCGUAAGAUGGCAAAUAUUUAUCAUGGAGAAAUUGUCUGACGAGAAAUCAUGAAUGAUAAUUUAUUGCCCAUCCCUACUGAUAUCUGUACGAAAUUAGGAGACAAGGAUAUAGGCUACAACAAUGAUAAGCUACCUUUUGACAGGUAAAAAAACCCACUAAUGGUAUGGUGACUAAUGUGUUGCAUAUCUACAAGUUUUACAGCUGCAGCUUUCGGAAAAAAUAAACUGUCAAAGAGUGUCAAAUAGUUUUGGACAGGGAAAGUUAAAAAAAAAAAAAAAAGUCUCAUCUGCCUCAGGCAAUUUUUCUCUCCAAUUUCAGAAACAAUUUUUCCCUCUGAUUUCAACCUUUUUUUUUUUAUUUCACAUCAACUGGUGGGCAGCCAAUCCUGAUUCUGAUGAGUGAUUUUAUUGAAUGAAUUUUAUUUAUAUUCACUACUGUGUUUAUAUUCAGUACAAUAAAUUGGCGUGUUUGCUCACUGGAACUCGGGGUAAAAAGAAACUUUAGUGGCUGUAAAACAGAGGCACUCCCGCUAAAAUGUUUCUCAAUCAGUUUAUAAUGCAAUCUGACAGUAUGUGUGUUUUCUUCUCCUCUCAGUCCUAUGUAAUUUCAGUAUGUGCACACAACACUGCAGUUUUAUGCCCUUAUAUGGGAAGCUCACCUGUGCUAAUUGGGAACACUGAGCUUUGAAGUUGUGUGUGAUCAACUCUGUGGUUUUAUAACCUGUUCUCUAACUUCUCUGAGACACUUAAGAAUACAUAGAAGAAAAAUCUAAAGACAAUACCGGAGAACAAAGCUUAUUGUUCUUUUCUCUCCAUUACUCAGCCUCUGUUGCCCAUUGAGCACAAUGGUCCUGGUUUGGAGUAUAAGGUGAGUUACCGGAGACAGGAUGUUGAGGAGGACUGGACAGAGCACAUGGCGAAGAGGCAUUCAUUUGGGGUGAAGAACACUCCGACUUUUGUACCCUAUGAGAUCAAGAUCCAAGCUAAGAACCAUCAAGGCUGGGGCCCUGAACCCAAGAUAGUGACUGGCUACUCAGGAGAGGACUGUGAGUAGUGAUCCCCUUUAACUAACUUUGAUUAAAAUUUUACUUUUUCAGAAUUUUGUUCCGGACUAAUGGGGCAAAAAAGUAUGGCAAACCAGGACAUAUAAACAUAGAGUUCCUGUAAAUGUCAAUAUUUGUCUUCAUACACUGUAUCUUGGGACUAAAUGUCGUUACACACCGGUGAAUUGGCGAAGCGACGUGAAAAAGAGACGCGAAAAUACAGAAUAUCCGGCUGACGCCUUUUCCUAUACACAUCUAGUGCGAUGCAAAUAAGAUUGCAUGUUCCCAUAAACAUACACCAUGGGAGAACAGAGGGGCAGAGAGAAGAAGGAGGAACAAUGGCGACGACAUCCUCAAGUGAUGAUGACCGGAUCAUGGUUGUAAACCUCUUGAAUAACAAAAAGAAAAAGAAGAAUUGAAGUGUCUGGGUACAUCCAAUACUGACCUUGCGACAGGUGAUGGGGGAGCUCCACACAACGAUCCAGGAGCUUAAAUUGUAUCAAGAGAAAUUCCAACAAUAUUUCUGAAUGCCCCUUGAACAAUUUCAAGAACUGCUUCACCACCCGACUCCGCGUUUACAGAAGGAAAGGAGAAAUUACAGAGAACCGAUUGAUUCAGAGCCACAUGUCUGAGGUAAGAUUGAUAUCAGGCUAUAGAUUUAUGUAGCAGUUCACCUACGAAUGUUUGCAAAAUUUGCUACAGGGGGAAAAAAAAAAUACAGUUGCUUUUUUGCUCUGCGGCUGUUUGUAGCUGGUGUGGAAACUUGCAUUGACUUUAUGAGUUUUUAAAAAUUAUUCGCUUCGCUAAUUCGCGGGUGUGUAACCACCCUAUAAUACAGUCCCAAGAUACAGGAACUAAAAAUUCUCACUCUACCAAAUGGAUUUGCUGUAGUGUAAAGCAGAAUGAUACAACAGUGGGAUAUGUGUUUUGAAAGAACAAUGUGCUUUGAUUGACACAUCUUUUCCCCACUUUUUACCAAGGGUCUGGGUAUCACAGUCCUGAGCUUUAGCUUCUUAUACUUUCCUGAAAAAGCAGUUGGUGAAUCAGUCUAUUGUAUCUCUUGUGUUCAGCUUUCUUCUGGACUUGCCCUCAGGAAGUCACUUCAGGUCAUGACUCUUCCCCCUCGAUGUGUCUUUAUCUAAAUGUUGCAUAAUUUUUUAACUCACUGUAUCCCCUCAGCUCCUUAGUGACACUAUUUCCCCGGUAAAUGACCCCAUUUUUAGUUAGCCGGUGUAAUUUACGGUAUAGUCUUUUUAUGUGGAUCCCUAGCAGGUAGUCCUGUAAAGAGAUGAUCAGUGUAUGUUGGUUGUUGGAUAGUAUGUUUGGCAUUUUAAAUUAAACUUUGAUGUAAUCUGAGUUAUUUUUAGGUGAAACUGAAGUGGUUUGUCACUGUUGCAGGUCUUUCCCCUAAACCUCCUGUUUUUCGGGGGGGAUUGUUGUGAACUUUUUUUUUUACCUUCUGCUUUUUGCAGUUCCAUCAGCUGCACCCGAAGAUGUUGCAGUGGAGGUGAUAAACGGCUCCGUGGUCAAGGUUAGCUGGAUACGUGUUCACAAGGACAAGUUACACGGACAUCUGGGAGGCUACAGGGUAACACUUCCGAACUAGACCUUUAUUAAGAGACAGCUUAAAAGGAAUGGCCCUGACCUUGUGCUUAAUGUUUGCUCCUUUCACCCCAUGGCUCUUCUACUUGGCCAGAUCAGUGUUUUCAUUCUUAAACUCACUUACUCAUUCAGCCUCGCUUGACAUAUGUGUGUAUGAUAAAUGUACGAUAUUAAGUUGUUGUGACUCUUGCUGAAUGUGUUUCUCGAUGUCACCUCCCUGUUGUAGAUAAAUUGGUGGCGUCUGCGCAGUCUAGUGGAGUCAAAGAAAAGCCAUGGAGAAAAACAAACACUGACACUCCCUGGGGACCGGAACCAUGCUGCGGUAUUGGGACUGAUGCCCUUCUCAGAGUACAGUCUCAUCGUCAUGACCUUCAAUGGGCGGGGCAACGGCCCGGGCAGCCAUCCUGUCAACUUCAAAACCCCAGAGGGAGGUAAGAUUGUGGAAAACAGCAUGGAGUGUAUUGAUUCACAACUUCUCACAGAAAAAAAUCUAAUAAUAGCCAAGGAAACCUGGUCACAGAAGUGGAGAGUUUACUGUGUGUAUUAUCUCCUCUCCCCACAGUCCCAGAGAAAAAUCCUGUUUUUAGGGUCACGGAUGUACAGAAGCAUACUGUCACCCUGGACUGGGCGCCACCAUUGGAGCCCAAUGGGAUUCUCACCGGAUACCUCCUUGAGUAUCAGCUCAGUAAGUAUCCUCACCAUAACUGAAGUAAAAACAGUGAUUAUUUUGCAGCGUACAUUACCCUGAGGUUCUUUUUGUGAUAUCAACAAUUGGUUUGUUUUGAAACCUAAAGUCAGCUCUCUAAAGCCUGUGCUGAGCCUGUGCACUGCUCUCUGUCCUUUAAACUGGUUUCAGCCCUCAGGUCCUUGAUGGAGUGGACUGGUGACAUGUGUUUCUUAGCUCCUUGGUUAUUGAUUCUCCUUUUUUACUUUGUUAUCUUACAGGGAUAUUCUGGUGUAGGUUUAAGCCAUGGUCAAACACACUGUUAUACUGAAUUAGACACCCCCUCAAGAGAUGAAUUUUGCCAACUGCUUGCCUUUUAGUUAUACCAACUUCACCACGACUGCAGAAUAGCAAUACACAGCGGUCUACCACUCCACGUGCAAACCUCAAACAAAAAGCCACUCUAUAGCCACAAAUGAUGCUCAGAACAACACUUCAUCAUAACUUCAUCAACAGUACAUAUACGGUCCCAGCCAUACCAGCCAUCAAACAUCUUUUUAAUUUUGCCUGAUUUCUUUAGCCAAGAGACAAAACACAACUCACCCACUCUCCUCCAGCAGCUGCUUGUUUGUGGGGGGGUCUGAUGAGUCGAUCACUGAGUGCAGUGGAUCAUUUCCUUGAAGUAAUAAUCAUCAUAAUAAUAAUCUUGCGCUGCAGACACAGUAAUGUCUAAUGAUCAUAGAUGUUCUUUCUUGAGCUGCGAAACUCCGCUGCACUUUGUGAUUGACUCGUCAGGGAUCCUCCACAAACAAGCGGCUGCUGGAGGAGAGUGGGUGAGUUGAUGGCUAGAACUAUGGCUGAGACCCUAUAUGUACUGUUGAUGAAGUUAGGUGCUGUUCUGAGCAUUAUUUGUGGCUGUAGAGGUGCUUUUUGGUUGAGGUUUGCGUGUGGAGACGUAGAUGGCUGUGUAUUGCAGUUGUGCGGUCUUCGCUGAAGUUGGUGGAACUAGAAAAGCAAGAGGUCGCUCAAAUUCAUCUCUAGAGGGGGGGAAUCACCAUGUCUUACAGUGUGUUUGACCAUGGCUUAAACUUAAGCAUGAAUAUCUCUUUAAGUUUGAGGGAGUGUCAUCAUACUACACCUUUUUUGGCUUGGACACUGUUGAAAUGGAAUUGAAUAAUCUUGUUUAAAUUCCACUUCUUCUUCAGCCCAAGUUAAAAAGUAAAAUAAAAUAAAAAUGCAAAUGACAUUAUAUACUUAUGAUAUAGACUGAUUUGCACAGGAGGGGUGGAGUCUGAUGGUGAUUGCCUCAUUCCUGAUCCUCAGCGAGGGAAGCUAAACUAUAGUGAGGUCAAAGUGUGUGCAAGGGAAACAUGUCAGGGUUAUGUCUGCUUGCCUGUGUGUCGUGAUCAUGGCUUGGCUAGUGCUGACUAAGGCCAAGUGUCACAGUCUGUUUAGGUUCAGUUUUACUGACCUCAUCCUGUCUGUGGAGGACAUCAUCAGUGCAGCUCCCAGUCUCUGGGGAUGUCAUCGUUAUGCAUAUCCUACAUAUGCAGCCACUUUCCUGUCCUUAAACGAAAGUCACAACAAAGACCAGACUGGCCUCUAACAACAUCUCUGUGCUGCACCACUGAGGGGACAUUUUCUUUGUACAAUGACAAUGGCGCUAAAAGACUCUUAUAGGUGUGCCUUUUUUUCAGGCCUCAUUAAGGUAGUCACGUGUGAAAUGUGGUGCGUAAUGUAGCCAGCUGACACUGUAUCAGAGACAUAAUAAAAAUAGAAAGCUAUAACGCAGCUGUGUAGGGUCUCCCAGGUUCACAGUAGCUGUUAACAGUGCCACACCUCACAGGUUUUAAAGGAAGCCCUGCUGUAACAUUUAUUAUCUCACUGAUCAUGCAGAAAUACUAGGGUGUUUGAUCUGUAAAACUAACCUGUGAUGAUGGGGCACAUUUCUGUGCGUUUUCUUGUUUUGGAAACAUGUAAUGAAGGUUAGUUAAUGAUUUCCGUGUUAACAGGUCUAUCAUACAGCAGGAGGUCAACCAGUUUUCAGUCCUACAAAGAAUAGAGGAGAGUGGAGCCUGAGCAUCCUUGUGCAAUGCUGGAAAAAUGGAUCAUUUAUCCCAGGAGAAAAAAAACAAAGCUAACAAAUGAAAUUUGCCGUCACUGAUAACAAUGGGUGGUAUCCUGGCAGAAAGAGAAACAGACCCAUAUAUUCUUUUAUCUUGUUCAAGAAAUGGUAGCAUCUCUUUCAAAGCAAAGGUCACCUGAACACCUGCUGGGUUUGUUUUUGUUACAAAUAACAUAAAUGUCACCUUUCUACCUCCUGUGCUGCUUUAUGCACUGGAAUUUUGUUGUCAUUACACUGUACACCAAUCCAACAGAGAUAACGUCUGGCUUUGAAUGAGCAGGAUACAAUCUGCUGUCUGUCAAUGCAAAUAGCAUUUCAAAUGAAGAACAUGCAAAUGACAGGUUGUGUUUCUAUUGGCCAAAAAAGAAAAGGCACAGUGACAAAUGAUAGUGACAUUUUCUUUUUUGGCAUCACUGAAAUGUCUCAUGGUCCUUUGGGGAGAUGUUUGUUCCAGAGAGCCAGCUCAAACUUAUGUGUCUUUCCAAAGCACUGACUUUGACCAUUAGAAAAACAAGCUUUUCCAUUUGGGUUUUAAAGGGUGAGUUUAGGGCUGGGCGAUAAAAUGAUAACGAUAUAUGUCGAAAAUUAAUUUCCCACAAUAUCAAAAUAAAAUAUGGUCAAUAUGCUUUUCGAUAGUCAGCAUUCUGACAUGUUUUGGUCGACUAUACGAAUAGCCAAUGAAAAGGAGAGUAGCUCCAGGUGCGUGCCGAGCUUAACCAAUCAUGUGCUGAAUUAGAACCAAGUAGCAAACAACUGUGUAGUAGCAGGCUGCAGCUACACACAACUAUAGCACUUUAACACGUGAAGCCGACAGCACUGUCAGUGAGAGAAAAAAAGUAAAUGAGUGCUACUGCCAGCAGAAAUGCAGAUGAAGGCUCAACGGAUGAUGACAUCGUCGACAACACUGGGAUGAAAACAUCAGAGGUGUGGAGGUAUCUUGGUUUUUUGAGGUCGGACAUGAAGCAGAGUAAUGUGCACUGCAAAUUAUGUUGAGUACAUGUUCUCGCAAAGUCAAGGAAUACCUCAAAUCUUUUUCACCACCUGAAGCAGUGCCACGCAGCAGAGCAUGCAAAAUAGAAAAAGGUUACAAACCUCGAGUGGAGCAAGGAGCCGAUGGCGCCUGCGCAGCUGAAACAGAUCAUUCAGUCCUCUUUCUUUAGUGCAACGCCUUACGACAAAACGUCGAAGAGACACAAAGACCUCACAGAUGCAUUAGCUUAUUGUAUUGCAAAAGACAUGCUACCAAUAAGCACUGUUAAAUUUCAUUUUUUAUCUCGUGACAGAUAUCUAUAUCGACUGAUAUGAAAAAAAUAUAUCGUGAUCAACUUUUUCCCAUAUCGCACAGCCCUAUAUGAGUUGUUAAGCAGUUGCAGACAGUGUUCUAAACACUUAGAUUAAUAUAUAUUUUCUUAAUCUAGUCAACAACACUGAAGAAGUUGGGCCACUACAGACUGUAGACAUCAGCAAACCCGACACCACCAAAUGGAUUCUGCGAGACCUGGAGUCUGUGAGCAAAUACAAGUUCUACCUUCGCUCAUGCACCACAGUGGGCUGUGGGCCUGUCGUCACCGAGGAGUGCACCACUACAUUGGAAACAAGUAAGUGAAAAAGCUACGGGUACAUUUCAGCUUUCCGGAGAAGAAAACAUGAACACAGACAAGCUCCGGGGUGCAGAAUUGGCAGGCAAAUUCAGGCUUAGUAAAGUCAGUGACGGAUUCAUUUUACUGUGACAAAAUGGAUUUGAACUCGUGGACUAUGAUAUAUGCUCGGCCAGCCAAGCUUUUCAUAUCACCAUGUAAGUAAUUUUUGUGGAUAAACAAUUUCAUAUGGAUGUAGCAGAGGUUUUCAUUUGUCACUGUCAUGAAAGAGCAAGUGCUUAUUGAUUGGGUAGAGAGCUGAAACAAUCACCUUAGAAAGAAAAUUGCUUUGAGCAGAUGGGAAACUGAAGCUUUUGCCUCUGAAUAGCGUAAUCAUGAAAGAGUUGGUGGGUAAGUUAUCAUAAUGUGCCUGCCUAUAGCAUGUAUCUUUUCAUUUUAAUUACUUUGUUUUUGCUCAUGACUGCACAUCACUGCUGGCUCACAUUUAAGACUUCAGGCAAUAGUAGAAAUGACUGGAUUGGACAUGAAAGUGGAAACUGUUCCUGGAUCAACUGAUGUCCGGAGAUUAUCUGCAGAAUCUGAUCAUGAAUAAUUUGUUGUUGAUAUUAAUACAAACUUUUUAAUACACCAUGCUCACAUAGUAUGUCAUUGGGGUUACGUUAUGAAAAGACAAAAAAAGCACAACUUAAUUCUGAGUGCGAGCCGGAGAUGCGGUGAUCGAUUACUUUGUGUUUCCUUGAGAAUCCUUACAAUCACAGAAAGGAACUGAAUUGGCUCUGGGGGAUUUUUACAUGAAUACUGAAGAGCUUGGAGAAAAAGGUUCACAGUUUAAAGGAGACUAUUGUUUACUCAGCUGCACAAUUCAUACUGUGUGUGCCUGUGUGUUUCUGUUUGGAGUGGGGUAUUAAGCUUUAGACAUAAAUGUUAUUCUGCAGCAGCACUUUCAUGCACUAUAACUGCGUGUGUAUGUGUUUGUCCUGUUAAAUGCCUUCUGCAGCCUUCUGUUAAAGCACCACUAAAAGCAGCACUGCUAUGGCAUAACCUUGGAUUGUUGCAUUGUCCGUGUGUUUGCUCAUGUCUGUAUAGCAAUGCUUUGCUUCUCCCUUUUUUGUUUUCUUCUUUCUUUAUUUUCUUUUUCCCCCAGCUUCCAUUUCGGCUUCCACUGGUGGCUUCAGUACGUAGAUUUGUGUGUCUGUGUAAGCUGUGAAAAAUCAUACCAACACCUACUAUUUCAGAGUGAUCUGAAAUACAGUUUCAUUUAGAGUGUGUUUCUGAACCUAACGUUUGUUGGUAUGAUGUGGUUCACAGUAUUGAUUAUUAUCUAGGUAGUAGAUGCAUGCCUUAGAUUUAGAAAUGUGGACAGAUGUGGUUCCUAGAGGGCCAAAUAAAUUGCCAAAUAGUCAGACAAAUUUGAUUUUGUCAGAAUUAAACAGCUCCAAACACACAUCUAGUAUGCAGAUAACUGACCUUGUCUGCUGUGUGCCCUUUUCAUCAGCAGAGAGCACUCUGAUGCCUCCUUUUAUUAGACAAAAUGUCAGCUUCUCCUUGAAUAAAGCUUGUGGUUUUUCCUUCAAAUAGCCGUGAUUAUGAAUUAAAUCAUUAUAAAUUCAUAUUAAUCUUGGUUCAUUAGUGACUGUAAACCACUAGUGACUUUCAUCCUAGCAACAGCAGACUCAAUGCAAGUUGACCAACCUCGAGCUGGGGAAAUAAAUGAUGCUAGAAGAGCUAAAGUGAGGAAAAGUACCAUGCAUGCCACACAUUAGUUCUGCUUCCCUUCAAUGAUUAAAAAAAAAAAAAAAAAAAGUUUCCUUUACUGGCAAGACAUUACAAUCCCUAGAUCCCAGUUUCUGUGUUAAAUUCAGCAUGCUGUUGUACUGCAUACAUGUAGUUUUAUUUAAAGUCCCACUCUGAUCUGUCGUUUUUUUUUCUUACUACUUAACAGUCGUCUUUAAAUUAUGAUUAUGAAGUUUUUAGCCAAAAUCUCAUUACCUGUGUCAUAUUUAAGGGCUAUUCUUCUGCAGAGCUCCAGUAGCUUGGUAGCCAUUCACCUCUGAGCCGGGGGAGGAGACAGCGCUGCUCUGCACACUCCUAGUUAGCUUGUAGCCUAACAUUGCUGGUGUAGUAGUAGUAGCAGGCAACAUAGGUGUUAUUCAGCUCUCAGACACUCAUGUCUUCUGGGGGAUGAUAAAAGUUGAAAACAUAAUUAGCUUUCUUACGAACAUUGCAAUUUGCUAAUGCACAAGCUUGUCCUGCAAUCAUGCUCUCUGUUUCUCUGAGUCUGGCCUGCAAUGUGGGGCUCUGGGGGCGGAGCUUGGAAUUGCUAUGUAGGAAAUCUCACUGUUUCCGAAUCUGCUGUUUGAGUCUGCCAGAGAUUCACAGUGAUCUGAAUGCAGAAAUACUCAGAAAUGCAAUUUCGCACUUAGUUUUCUCAUGACAUGUCCUGUAGAACAUGUAGACAACAAGAAAAACAUGAUUUUCAUCGGAGUGGGUCUUUAACUCGAUACUAAUGCAAGAUUUUAGUUCAAAUAGUGCCUAACAGUAGAAUAGAUCACCCAACGCUUUAAUCCAAUUGAUAACCAAACGAUCUGUCUUUCUUUCCAGGCAGGUCAGCUUCCCCCUCACCUCCAAGCACUCCAAAGUCCCCUGUGACCAAACCCACUCGUUCCACUAUAGGUAGAGCUGAAGCCUACUCUGACACAACCUGCUUUUAACCACUGAGACAAUGACACAGGGAAAGCAAUCUGGAAUCUAUGCAGCCAAUAAAUAUCUAUGUUUUUAUUAGAAUAUCCUUGGAUGAUUAAGGUGAUGAUUCAACCCCUGGACUCACUGGGCCUUUCUGGUUGAUUAGAGCUCACUGGUAACCACAACAAAGACAUGUAACUCCUCUGUUAUUGAAGGUGAUCGAAGCAGACUCCCAACUCUUUAUCAGUCAAGUGCACACUUUUUUCAAAAUAAAUGCUAAUUUCUCUGUGGCAGCACUGGGGGGGAUCAUGGAUAGGAGAUCCAUAUACCAAGCUAGAUAUCUGUGGAGUCAGUCACUUGGAGGGGGCCAAUAUGGCUAAUUGUCAGUGAUUGAUUUGUUGGGCCCUGGUCUUUCCUGUACACACCAGUGUAUUGACCCAACAGUCACCUGACAUUUCCAUGUAAUCUUCAACUGGGUAAACAGCAACACUCUUCUGGUUGUCUGGGGGGAAUCUGAGCUGAGAGAAAAAAGUGAGCAGCAACAUCCUCCUUGGCUUUGCCUGGUAGGUGUAAGCUCACACUGGAAGGGUGAUAUUUACAGGACACUGAGAUAAGUGGAUAAGUGGAAGCUGUUGAAAGCUCCUAUAUCAGAAUAUUUUCUGGCCUCUCCUUAUAAAAAAAAAAAAAAAACCUUCUGACUUUGAAGGGGCGUCUCCCAGGGCACCGGCUCCCUGCUGGGUAUGCAGCUGCUUCUUGCAGCAUUUAAUAGUAAGCUGAGGAGCAGUGUGACAAACGCCGCAACCAGCCUUAGGAUAUUUUUAGUCAAGGGGCCUGUGUCAGUCAAAGUCAUUGUGCAGUUCCAAUGACUGGAAUUACCAUAGUUGCAGACUAAUCCAUCAACAUUAGGCAGACUGUCAUUUGUAGUGUUUGGGAUGGGCAGCACAGACACAGGUGUCCUUGUGUGCUGAAUUAUCACCUGAGUAAACAAUACACCUGAGUGGGAGACACAGCGGAAGAUUUGCAUGUUUGCCAUGGGGAAAUGAAGUGGAUUGGGGUUUUUUGGACUGGCUUAGACAGCUGCUAUCAAAGCUUUCUUUUCACAUACUAAUAAUAAACCUCACCCAUUAGGAUUUCCCAGUAGAGUGUCAGAAUACAACAUGAGAAAUUUGGUAGAUGAAGUGUGUAAUUGUUUUCAGAGAAAAUGACAAUGAUAACAAAUGCAUUAUUAAAGUAUCCAUAAUUGAAAACAUCAAAGAGAGACUCUAAACAGGGAUGAACUAAAAACUAAACUUUAAAUAAGUCUCACAGAUGUAGAUUAAAAAAAAGUUGUCUUGAUAUAAUCCAAAUCCUUUAUAUAAACUGAAUUGAGGAAAGAUGUAUGUUGUGAUACUCUAACAAAAGAAACCCUUAUUUACAAAAACACUGCAUGGUGUUGGCUCCGGCUAAACCUGUGCAAAUGAGCCAAAAAGAUUCACAAAGCAUAUGCAAAUGGUUACAUAUUCUCCAGAAUGCACUGAAGGGCUAACAAUAAUAUCACUGUGUUGUUUGUGUAAUUUAAACUGAGCCACUGUACACUUCUUUUAGAGUAAAGUGUGUCCCUUUCUAUGCAAAUGAUCGAAUGACCGCCUAAUGCUGCGAACACACGCCACACAAAGUUAGUGUAAAGCUUUUGCUGCCUACUGAGUCUUGUGGUAAUUGUAUUGAAAUAAUGUCAUGCUCAAAUGUCAGAGUGAUCGAGACAUCAAUUCCACCUCUGGACAACCUGAAAAUUAUAUACUUAUUCUAUGCCCUGAAUAUGACUUUGACGUCACUAUUUUUAACAGUCGGGUUAAUUCAAUCCGGCUGUCUUUGACUCAACCCACACACGUAUGAGCUGCAUCAUACAGUGGAGGGAUGCAGCUGGGUUUGCCUGGUGGGUGGGUUUUUUAUUGAUUUCAUUCAUUUAAUUUGAAUGAUCUGCUUUGUGCUAGCUUACUCCAAAAGGUACGCUUGAUAUCAUGAAACUGUGAAACUUUUGUCAUCUGUCAUGAAUCAACUUCACGAUAAACAUGUGAAGAAGUUUCCCUCUCCACUCGGCUUAUCUUAAAUGUGAGAGGAUUUAGAGCUGUCAGGGUAACAGCACACAUUUAGCACAUGGAGGCAUAAAGGAUGCUAACAACUCAUCUCGGUACAAAAAUGCAAAUCAGGAGUGUGAAGUCACAGAACUUUGUGAGCUUUUUGGGCAUGGAUAUCAUUGGUGCUGUUUGUUCUGUUAACCAGAGCAGAUGAACGAUGGGCCAGUGACACGCAACGUAAUGCAUUCAGUAGACAUGAAUCAAUGAAUCAGAUCACCAUUAUUAAAACAAAGAGUUGUUUCAACACUUUUCACAUGAUUGUGUGUCUGUCAAAGUAAGACCCCUACAACUUAUAGUGCGUGACUUUUCCUUAAAUGGAUUUAUUAAUCAUUCAGUGAAUUUUGGUGAGUGUGUGAUAGAAAUUAAAGUAAAAACAACCGUUUAUACCUAGAACUGCCAAGGGGAGCUGUUUUGACCCCCUAGUUCCAAUAGUGUCAGAGAUGCUACAAUGUCUUUUCUAGAAGGUGUCAGGUUACUUAUUCUCUUCUAUUUAUAAAAUAAUAAUGGAGACUUUGCAAAAAAAAGUGUUUGAAAUAUAUAUUUUUCAGUUUUUUUUUUUGUUUGUUUGUUUUUUUAAGCAAAUGAAUAAUUAAUUUCACCAAAAAGGUACAAUACGUUCUCAAAUUCAACAAACUGUAGGAACUGUUCAACAAACUAAAUAUGACAACAACAACAACAACAAUAACAAUAACAAUAAUAAUAAUAUAAUAAUAAUAAAACUGCACAUUGGAUCUUCACACACAAAAAUAUAUAUUUUAAAAACCUAUUUUGCCAAGUCUCCAUUUUUAUUGUAAAAAUAGAUGAGAAUAAGUAACCUGACACCUUCUAGAAAUGACAUUGUAGCAUCACUGAUGCUAUUGGAGCUAGGAGGUCAAAAUGACACUCCUCGGCAUUUCUAGGGGGGAUUGGAUUAUUGGUGGUUCUAGAGUUAAAUAAUUUGUAGAGACCGAGAAAUCAAAGAAAGGUUUGAUAUCCAUCUCCAUCUGUUGAGUAUUAAAAUGCGACCACGCUCUAUGGGAAACAUCUUCCAGGUGUGACCUUUCACACUGCAGCUGUCCAUUUCGAUGUUCACAUAACUCCUUUUCAUCGUCAUUGUUGAGUAAUUCAUUCAGUGACACCAUCUCCGCCAUAUGACACUGAAGCCUUCUUAGAGUAGUUGUUAAGACACAUAAGUAUGCUUCUCUCACAGAAGUUCAAGAGCGACAUCCUUCUUUGUACAAUGACAACCCCCCUCACACCUCAUUGAUGGCUUUUAUCAGCAUGUCCUCCAAUCAAAGAAAAAACCUCUAUCAUCCCUUUUCUUCUCCUUAUCUUGCCUGUAAAAUGUUGGUAGUGAAAUCUUUUAAUACUUGUAGGAGAGCACACUGUGUUUCAUACCACACAGAGGAAAAACCCUGAACUGUAACCAUAAAUCCCCUUCUGUCCCUGUUAGAGUGAUUUUUGAAUAGAUUCUGCAGGUACAUUCAGACAAUUCAUUCAUACCUUUUAGUAGAACCAGUAGUCGAGCAUUCCUGCGUAUACUAACCCAUCCUCAUCAUUCAUCCCUACACAGGUGAUGGUGUCUGGAACAUAUCAGAUGCCUUGCACACCUCUAAGACUUUCCACAACACUGAACGGCUUGAUUCAGCGACUGAGUACACUGUGCUGCUGAUUGCAAACAGCUGGCUUGAUAAUUCUAGUAUACUUGAGGACAUUAUCACAACUGGGUCGACAGGUGAGGGGGGAAACCGAAACUGUUUGAAUGGAAACAAAACUAAUGGGCCUCUGUCUGAAUAGAGUGCAGGUGUAUUCUGCAUGUCCUUGAGCGAUGACUCAAGCAGCAGUGUGUGGUCCUUCAUGGUGGUGUCACGAUUUAAGCCAAGCCGGCUCGCUGAGAGGAAUUACAUUUGUACAGCAUCCCUUACUUGAUUAAUUAGACAAGCAGGAUUAGCUGUUUAAUAUUAAUACUGGAACGUAUCCAUCAGCAGCCUCGCCGCCUUCUGCCUUUGCAUCAGAUAGUUUUUGUCGAUAUAAACAUUAAAUCGGUGUCCUGAUGAAAAGGCUAAGGCGUGUCAAAGUCACCCGGUUUUGUUCUCUCUAGGUCUGGCCAGCAUUCACGGAGGAAUAUCCACCCAGGGAUGGUUUAUUGGCCUGAUGUGUGCCAUCGCUUUCCUCACACUCAUUGUGUUGAUUGCCUGCUUCGUCAACAGGAAUAAAGGAGGGAAAUACUCUGGUAGGAGCUCAUUUACAGCCCAUUACACACACACACAGACACACAUCACCUUUCUUCAUUGCUGAAGACUGACCUGAGCAGCAUAUUUGUUUGUUCAUUGCCUUUUUGUUGCUCUGAAAUCAUCUUUGUAGAACAUAUCAGAAUAUGUAAGCUUUUUUUCCUCUUGAAGUGACAAAACUCUUUUAUUACAUACACAUGCUUAGAAAUGGCUUUCAUGCUGGCAAAGUGGAGGUUUGCAUUUCUACUGCAUGUUAGGGCUGGAUGAUUAAUUGAUUUUAAAUCAUAAUCUGGUUAUUUGAUUACAAGGAUGUUAAAAGAAUUAAGAUUGUCAAAUCGAUUUUCCUCUCUAUUAUGUCUCGCGCCUCCAGGCCCCUGUAGGCUCUUUUCUGCGGGGGAGCUCCCCGGUUCCUACACACACCAGUGUAAAAAAACAUAGUGUUUGCAAAAGAAGGUGAUCAGUUCAUAGCUAAAUAGGGCAAGAGCAAGUCAGUCGUGUGGAAUUGGAACGGCUUCACAGUUUCGGAUGAAGAGCAAACCACUCCCUGCUGCAAAGUCUAUCUGGAGGCGGUAUCAACCCGUCCACACAGAAACAAAUUCAAAAAAUUUUUUGUCGUAUCAGUGUUUCAUCCACACAGAAACAGCGUUUCAGGUGACUGUAAACAGGACUUUUUGAAAAGGGGUCAGAGAGUGCAUAAAUCCGUAAACGACUUCUAUUUCAUCUCCAUGUGGACUUCUAUCUGCAUCUCUUGAACUGAUUAUGUCACACACAGCGUAUCUCUUAUGGCGCCUGUGCGUGUCCGGCCAAAACAACCUUUAUACGCAUGCUCUGUACUCUUGUUCUGCUUUUGGUGCAUUUCCUCGGCAGCAUUACAGCGCCACUUACUGGCUUGGCAUAUGCACUACAUCGUUUUCAGUGAUUUUCUUUCUCGAGAUGAUCGAAAAACUCAUUAUUUAAGUGAAGUUGUCACUGAACAAAAAAAACGAAAUCUAAAAUCAAGUUUUCAGAAAAAAAAAAUCUGGAUUUUAUUUUUGGCCAACAUCGUGUAGCCCUACUGUACAGCCAACAUUUACAUUUUGCAUGAUUUAAGCAGGCGUUAUUUUUCCAGCAGCGAUCCGAACAAACUGCAGCCCACAGCCAGACAAAAUGCAAAUGCUGCACAUGGGGUGGCUGAGCAGGUAAUGAUGACAUAAGCUCUGUGGUAUCUCAAUGUAAGCCCUCCUGUUGGGGACAAGAGAGUCCUUAUCAGCUUUAUUAUUCAAAGCUAAUGGCCAUCAGGUUGUCGUCUGGGCAGCCGAUCAUUUCAUUGUCAGCAAAAAAAGAGCACAAUGCAGCUCUGUCCUUUGUUUUCUCAUUAAAUCCCAAUUACAGCCUGCCACUCCAACAGCUGCGGGAGGGAGACAACACUUUUUUUUUUUUUAAAUCACAUCACAUAUAGGAGAACAUAUAAGCAUUCGCACCGUUCGUAGCAUUUUCAGUCUUUAACUCAUGUUAAUAUGAAACCAACAUUUACGUAGAAAUAACUGCAUUUAUUUUACAAUCUUCCUUUGAGUUUAUGCAGACCCUCUGUUGAGAAAAAUAUGCACUUAGUGGAAACUGAGUUCUAGCUACCACCUCAGUGGAAAUCACUGAUAUCUUCUCUUCAUUCUUAUGAGCAGUAAAAGAAAAAGAAGACCUUCACCCAGACGUGGAGUCCCAGGGCAUGAAUGACGACACAUUUUGUGAAUACAGGUAAGCAUCGUACUCAAAGAGCUAUUUUGCCACCUUUCUGCAAUGACAUGCAACAGUGUAAGAGUUUCUAUGCUGCUAGCAGUCAUCUCCAUCCUCUUCUGUGUGUAAUUUUCUUCACAUUUCUUCUCUCACUGAAAAGACAACCCAGCUUGCACGAGGCUCACAUGGAGCCCUCUGUUCAAGACAUUUGACGGACUGAUAACUGGAAAGUAGGUGGUAAACAAUGUUUGCACUUCACUGUUGUCGGAGUGGUAGCAUCACGUGAUAGUGGCUUUCACCGUAGAAACAGUGUGUGUUUGUGCUGGUAGCUGGUAUUGCAUCAUGAAAAAGUUUCUGUGCUGCUCAGAUACUUUUUCUUUACAGUCGACACUGAGCAUGCAGCAGGAGGCUAAAGUAGUCUCCCUCACUUGAAGCAGUUGUUACCAGGGUGGUAUCAUCAGGUCAUACUUCAUUGAUGUUGUGGUCGUCUACUUCAAACAAUUAUAAUAUAAUCUUUGUGUGAUUCUACAGUCCAAGGAAACUAUGCACAGAACUAACUAAUGCUAAGGUUAGAGGUUAAAGGUGACUAAGUUUUAAAAGAUUCAUACAAUUCAUUAUACUUCUUAAACUGACUUUGAUGGGAUAUUCUGGCGUAAAUUUAAGUUAUGGUCAAACACAUUGUAACACCGGGUUCGACCGCCCCCCUUUCACAGCUCAAGGAAGAACAUUUAUGAUCAUUACUUGGUGGAAAUGCAAACAGAUUGAGACGCUAGGGCAUAUGAACUACUGCAGAACUCCACUGCACUCGGUGAUCAACUCAUCAGGGCUUUCGCACAAACAAGCAGCUGAUGGAGGAGAGUGUUUGAGUUGUGUUUGGUCUCUUUGCUAAAGUAACCAGGCAAAGAUGUUUGGUGUCUAGUACUAUGGCUGGGACCCUAUAUGUACUGUUGAUGAAGUUAGGUGCUGUUCUGAGUAUUAGUUGUGACUAUAGAGUGGCUUUUUGCUUGAGGUUUACGCGUGGAAAUGUAGGCCACUGUGUAUUGCUAUCGUGCGGUCGUUGCUGAAGUUGGUAUAACUAGAGAAGCAAGCAGGCGGCAACAUUCAUCCAUCGAGGGGGUUGUCUAACUGGCUUAACCCACAGGAUCCAGAAUGGCUCCCCUCUGGACCGGCAGGCAGGUCAGAUCCGCAAGCAUACAGCACCCACCGGAUCUGAUCUGCCCCCGCCAUCGGAGGAGAGGCACUCACAAGGUUACCGAUAUUUCUCACGAGGCUGGACGAGAUCACACGAGCUCUUGCGUGUUUCCCCAUGAGUCAUAGAAUAAGAUCCGCCGAUCGGUGUAUAUAAACGGCAGUGUAUACAAACACCCACGUCCCACAACCCUGGCCUCUCCCAUUAUCAAGUUAAGAACAGUUCAAUAUCUUGACUUUAUUUUAUUUUGAAAAUUAACCGGAUAUUUCUGCUGCUGCUCGUGCUGCGCUGCACUGAAUUGAUGUGCCAUGCCCUGGCGUCCGGCAAAAAUAGAAGCCUUGCGUAUCUGAUCCGACCACUGGAGCCAAUCAGCAGCGGAGGACGCCAGACGGAUUCUGUGGAAUGACAGACAUUGAUUAUAAUGCUUGCGGAUUUGAUCUGCCAGCCGUGUCGAAGCGGAGCUGAGCUGUUCCGGACCCUGUGGUUUUUGCCUGUAAUUCUGUGUUAUGGUAUGUUUGACCAUAAGGGAAAUUUACUCCGGAGUAUUUAUUUCCUGGUAUACCACCUACUUUUUAACCACAUUCCCAAACACACACAGACACACUAAGACAUAAAGGGAGGGAGAGUCAUCUUCACAUGACACUUUCUGACUCUGUUAUUACAAACAUGUGUGAUUACAGAGUUGGCUGCUAAUCACUGAAUCAGAUGUCAGUCAGCUUUAGCAGCUGUUUGUGUCGUUGCACCUGUGCACUGAAUGAAUGAGCUUCAGUGACAGACACAGGGUAGGUGUUUUUCCCUGUAACCUUCUUCCUGUUUAACAAACACCUGCGUAUCGAGGAUAACCUACAGUCUGUUUCUAUUAUGUCCUGAAGACACACAGUAAACGGUUGUUUCUAUGGGCAAAGUGUUGUGUUGUUAUCAAAGGAUUCAUUGAUUGUUUGCAUUUGUGUGUACUGAUAACCUUUACCAACAAGAUUCUUUGAUGAGGUCUUUUCAGGAAAACUGAAGAGUAUUUGUUAAGACCAAAGCUCCAGGGUAAUAUUUCUUUACACGUGUACCAUCUGAUGCUUAAAACAAGAGUAUCAAAUGUUUGUUGACGUGCUGAUAAAAGACUACAUUGUUUUCUUGGCUUUCAUUAUGAAUAUUUAUUUCUCAUUUUCAUGAUUGGUGCUUUUUUAUAAUCCCAGGUUAUCAAAAGGUGAUUCUUCAGAAACAAACAUUUGUUUAUUGUCUGCUUCAAGAGGACCCUCAGUGUCUUAUUCAAAGCCUGACAUAUCCUCAUAAUCUAGUGAUUAUCUAUUACAAUUUCCCUGAAGUGUGAUUUACUGCAGCCGUCAUACAGUCAUUGAAUUAUAUCUGGUAUGUGGGCAUACCUGUCCAUCAAAUACUCCUGUUAGAGCAGUUUUUCUGCACCCUCCCUCCUUUCACAAUGAAUCAGAAUCAGAAUGCCUUUUAUUGUCAUUAUACGCAGUACAAUGAGAUUAGAGCCACCCAUAUCAGUGAAAACAUUGGGAAAAAGAUAGAUAAAAAAUAUAGAAAACAUAUGAAACAAGAUUAAUAUGGAGUAUAUACAAUGUAAACAUAUGGACCUGAGAUUCUUUUUUACAGGAUAAAUAUGGUAUGGAUAUGCAUAAAUGUAAUAUGUAACAGUAUAAAAUAUAAAGUGCACAGUCCUGAGAUCCUAUUUACAGAAUAAAUAUGGUAAAUAUACAGAAAUAACAUAAAUGUAAUGUGCAAAUGAAUGUAUAUUGUCCAUCAGUGAUUUGGGAUAUUGCACAUGUUUAGGUAUAUAGGAAUAGAAAUAUAACACCAGAGUAAUAUGAAGUAUAUACAAUGAAAACAUAUGGACCUGAGAUUCUUUUAACAGAAUAAAUAUAGUACAGAUAUGCAUAAUGGUUCUUGCUCCUUGAAGCAGCUGAGAAAGCUUUAGGAUGGUGGGUCUGAAACUACAUGUGGUUCAGCUGAGGAUUAAGGAUCAUUAAGAAACUUGGGGGUUCCGGGACUGUUAGGGGACCGUCUCCAAGAAGUCUAAACACGCUCCCUCUCUUGCUAGUGUUUAGAUGUGUGAGAAUAGGUUAAAUGGCACGUAGUGUGAAGGGCUUUGGAUAGUUGAAAGACCAUCAAGGCACUAUGCAAGUGCAGUCCAUUUACCAUUUGGUCAGCCAAUGGUGAAUGCUGGUCACAGAGGCUCUUUGUAGAAGCAGUGAUGAUAGCUUGAGCCCACACCCCCUCCUCUCCAAAUAAGCCACAGAGUGAAGCCAUGGGUGAAAUGAGGUGGUUUUAAAUCCACUGUGCCUCUCUUGCAGUGACAAUGACGAGAAGCCACUGAAGGGCAGCCAACACUCGCUGAGUAGAGAGAUCAAAGCAGGGGACAGCGGGGACAGCCUGGUGGACUAUGGCGACGAGGAUGUUCAGUUCAACGAGGACGGCUCUUUUAUCGGCGAGUACGCGGGGCGGAAGGAGAAGAGAGCAUCUGCUGAGAUCAAAGCCACCGCUCAGACCCCGGCGUGAGGAUUGGAAGUGCCAUCCAACGCCCUCCUGUUUCCGUGUGCUGAGAGGAACAAAUGUAAAAGGACAUAGACAUUACCCAUACCAAGCACAGGGUUCUCGUGUCAAAUGUAAUGCGUCAUUUUCAAACUGCAUACUGCCACCCACAUUUUAUAAAGCUCUUUUUUGUCAAAUUGCAACAGAAUGACCGUUACUAAAUACUGUGUAAAUAUGAUGUAUAUUGUUUGUGUGGAGUGUCUUUUUUAAAAAGAAGAAAUAUCAUUUCACAGAGAAGUUUAGAGGGCUUGGAUUUUCUUUCUUUCUUUCUUUUUUAUCUCCAUGACUUUGGCUGCAGUACGUUAUGUCUCACUGUCUCUUGCGCCUCAUUAUAUGCAGCUUUGCCUCUGAAGUUUUCUCGUAGCAGACCACCAGUGUUGGGCAAGUUACUCAGGAAGUGUAAUUAGUUACUUUAUUCUUGGUCCUCUGUUAAAAAUGAAUAUUUUGUCAUACUUAUUUAAUACUUCUUUGUUGCUGUUGCUAACCUCCCUUACACACACACACACACACACACACACCUGCCAUGAUCAAAUAGCUUACCUGGAGUCAGAACAAAUCACAUUUUAGAGAAGCAGUAAAGUAUUGCUGUUUAUCUGUGGUAUUAUUGAUGUUAGUUUGUUAUCGUUUUUUUUCUUUUUUAAUUCCUUACACUAAUUGUCACUUGGGGAAUUAAUGAUAAUACUAUAAUUAUGCUUUACUGAGUAAUGUGUUGCUGCCCAGCACUGGGAAUCACAGAUGAGUUGGGAUAUCAAGUUAAUAUUUUUUAUUUGGAGGAUAUAUUACUUACCUUUUAUAUUUGAAAUAAAUUUAUUAAAUAUGAUGUAAGAUGAGUAAAACUGCCUAAUAACUUAUUUUCUUUCCAGCCGUUUUUUUUUUACCUGACAAAGUAACAAAGACAUAUCUUGACUUUUACAUAUCAUGAAUGUUGAUUAUUGACUGAUGUAUUCUCUGUGAUGUGAGAAGAAAAUUACUUUUAUUUUUUCUUGUUAUAUACUUAGAGUGGACACAAAUACCACAAACCUCAUUAUGUGUCCUAUAACAGCCCCGUCAUACGGUACUGCUACACUCAGUCAUUGAUUUCAAGUGAUUUUUUAUUUCCUAAACCAUGACCCAGUUUUAAAGGAACUUGUUUUGAAACCACAUGUGCUGUACCAGUUAAAUCCAGUUUACAGAAAAGACGGUCUUACAAUGAUGGCGACGCCAAUAAUUGGUAAUUCUAAUGAUUUUUUAUUUUUAUUUUUUUCUGAAAACAAGUCAACAAAAAGCUUGACAUUUUUGUAUAUAAGUACAAGAUAUUUUUAAAGAGGUAAAUUAGUACAUAGAUAUUACUCCUGUGACUUUGUGGUGUAUUUCAAACCACAGCCUGCAGUCAGUUUCCUCAGCUGAGACUAGAAGUGAAACAAGAAACAAACUAAUUUGGCUGUGUCCAGUUGUCACAGAAAUCUUCCUAACUAGCAUUUCUAAAGGUUUUUAAACUGUUUUAAGAAAAACUACAUAUGACAGCUAAAAAAAAAAAAAGGAAAAAAAAAAAACCUUUAUAGAGGAAAACUGCUGUUUUUCCUUUACUUGCACAGAAAAAUACAACCAGGUACAAUAUACUGUCUUAAUAAAUAUCCAUUUUGCUCUAUUCAGUGACUCUAAAGAAAACAAGUCAAGCUGUUUCACCUUGCCGAAUGCUCACUGCAGCUCAUCUUUGAGUAUAAACCACAGACUGUAUAUAGAAUGGACACCGUCUGCCUCCUCGCUGGGUGAAGCCACCACGGCACCCUCUGGUGACGGGCUGCAGUAUAGGUCAUAAAUCCUGAAUCCUCCAGCAAUCCCUCUUGAGCUGUGGACAAACUUUAGAAAUUAAUUACACAGAAUAUAAAUUUUUCUCCCCCGAUUGCAAUGUUGAUAUGUAGUCACUCUAAGACUGGUUUGUGCUGAAGUCCUCUUUUUUCUUUACAGCUUCAUUUCGAAAAGUUAUGAGGGGGUUCAUUUUUCUAUGAUUGACACUUGAUACAGCCUAUGGGCGUACGAAGAUUGCGUUGCUCACCCGGGGGAUAUGCUGUUUGAGCCGAGCGUCAUCACAGCGACUUUCUGCGACUCUCCCGCAGAAUGCAUACAAUGCUACUGCGCCAGAGGUGGUUCCAGGAAGUGGAGAAAAUCCCUGAAAUACUGAGAGCAAUUUGGCUUCAAAUUUGUAUAGUGACAGAGGCCAGAACCAAGUUGUCUUUAGUAUAUACAGUCUAUGGUAUAAACAUAAGGGUGGUAUUGACCUUAGAACCGAAUUUGUGGACUGAUUUUAUACUUUUGAUAUUGCUGAAGGGCUUGCACUGAGACAUGUUUAAGGUCUGGGGUUUCGAGAAAUCCCGAUAUUUGGUCUCUGAAGUGUAAGUCAAUCUUAAAACAAUGUUAGCGCAUGCACUCCUGUAGUUUAUCUGUGAUUGUGAAGAUGUUCAAGUCUUUCCGAUUCCAGCUCCCUCCUUGCCCUAAGAUUGUAAUUUGGUAAUCUGAUGUCCAGAAGACUGAGCUGAAUCAACUAGUGUCACCCCUUUGCAUCAGAUACUUUCAUUUCUUUACAAAAGUGUGACAUAACAACGAACUAUUGCUGCACUGUAUAUGGAUAUUAAAACUCUUCGCAAUCGGAUAAAUGUGACGUGGUUGCAUGACAGUUGGCAUCUUCUCAUCAGGCUGAGAUAUUGUAGUCUGUUACAUCAGUCUCAGCUAGCCUUACUUUAUAAGUUUCAGUAUCAGCUCCUUAUGUUUUACAGCGUUAUCUUUGGCCUCAUAUUCAGAACAACUGCUAUGUUUUGUAUAAAUUGAGCCGCUGCAUGUUAAGAAUGUUAAUUGGUGUUUUUCAGUGUCAUUAAAUUGCUUUACUUUCUUACAUCCUGGUAAUGGUCUGGCUGCCUUUUUGGUCAAAGUCGUCACAAAUCAAAGAUUGAUGAUCAUGUCUUUUGUUCCCUGGUAUGAAUUCAUGAAAUGCCAUACUGGGGUCAAGUCCCUGUCUGAGCUGAGUGUCUUGUUUGAUUGCCUAGGCUCCAGAACAGAGAACAGUGAAAUCACAGGAGUGGACUGGGACAGGCUCAGGAUCAUGAAGUAAGGGCUGUAAUCAUGUCUGAUGGUAGAGAGGAUGGAGUGAGGGGUGUCACAGUAAGGGUUCUCAUGCCAUGGCUCACAGCUGCCUUUACACUGUCAUCUCUUACCGUGGGCAGUGGUUACUUGCUUGCACUGAAAGAAAUACAACAGUUAGGUGUUGAUAACGGACCCUAUACAGCUGGAUGUGUCUCCACAUGAAGGCUACCUAUAGAACUUAAUUCUGCACCAGAACAAUUACUGCUCUCUGAGAGGACUGUGAAAUACAGAACAAAGAAAGCUCUUUAAAAAGAGCUGAAGCUUCACUUUUCUAGCACUGCUGAGUGGGGUGUCAAUGAACUCCAGUGUCCUCCUGCAAAAAUGUUAGAGGUCUUUUUGUGUUGUGGAAGUAUGAAAGGACAAUGAAUUCAUUCUGCAUAGAUUAAUCAAUCUUUUUCAGUUCAAUUAAGAGUUGGAUUUGAUUUACAAUUUACUCUCCAGGCUGAACUAACUUUAUGAUGUCUACACAGUAUUAAUGAAAACCCUUAACUCUUUUCAGUGUCAGCUCUGGCAGCAUUCAAGUAUUUUGUACUUGAUAUGCAGGCUCAGUCUGGAGAAUAAAAUGACUUCUGUGGUGGUCUUUACAUCCACUCAAGAGCUUCAUGUCACUUUUUGCCCAUUCAAGCCAUAUUCCUACAAAUUUGGCCCAGGAUGCUACAACAGGGAACAAUUGAUAUCAACUAAUCUCCAUUCAUACAUAUUUACACACCACUGAAAACUCACAGAUUGGUUUUACAAUCCAGCGUGGACUAUUUGCAACCUGCUGCAAUGAUUCUCCUUCUUGGCACAGGCAGGUAGAUUCACCCUAAACAGCAGGUCUGAGGUUUGUUAAGCCUGUGGUCUUAGUGACAGAGCUGCAUGUUUUUAGGUGACCAAACUGGGGCACGGACUUCUGCGGAAGGGGGGCUUGGCUAGUAAAUAUUAGGGGCCCCGAAUUUAGGAGGUGCUGGGCAGUAAAGGAUAACUGUAAUAUACUGUAAUUCCCAAAAGUGACAAUUAGUGUAAAGGGUUAAAAAUAAUAAUGAUAACAAACAUCAAUAAUACCACGGAUAAAAACUAUACUUACAGAUAAGCUAUUUAAUCAUGACCUGUAUACAUGGAGCUAUCUCCACAAAUGACAUCGACUUUAACUUCCAAUAGAAAAUAUCUACAUUUUUGUUUGAUUACAACACAAUGUUUAAAAAAGAUCGUUGGACACCUCAAGGAACAACCUUAGUCUGGAUGCCUCUCCCCUGUGGUUCGGCUAAGGUGGCAUGGUUUGUGUCUUUGGAAGAAGAGCUGAACCAGAACUUAUGCUGAUCUACAGAGGUGGGAAUUCUUAUGGACUUCGAUGUAUAUUUUCUGUGUAGCACAAGUUGUAAUAAACGACUUCACUGACA